GCUCUGCCCGCACAGUGGUUUGACUAUGGCAGGCGCGCUGCGUCUCUGGCGAAGUUGCACGCGGGCAGUUGGGAGCCGCUUGUUGUAAGGUGAGCGCGCGGUGCCGCCUGCACCCCAGGGGUUGGGGGUGCCCUCGCCUCUCCCACAGCUGAGGAGUCUGGUUUUUGCGAAUUAUCGCCUUACUAGCAGGUGAAGGGCGGAAUGACGGGGCCCUUGGUUGCAAAAUAGCCCUCCAUCUCCCCCCAUUUUAUUUUCUUUUCUUAAACAGGACAAUCUUUGGAUGUGCUUAAAACUAGCUAGCUCUCCAUCAUGGUACAGUGACAGUUCUACUAAUGGGUGUUUCAAGACGGGUGUUUACUCUAGGAUCUGUACUCCUCGUGCAUGCAAGUCUUCUGCCACCGAUCUGUUUGUUACAACCAUACAGUGUCGGUUUUAAAAGGUAAAGGGACCCCUGACCAUUAGGUCCAGUCAUGGCCGACUCUGGGAUUGCGGCGCUCAUCUUGCUUUAUUGGCCGAGGGAGCCAGUGUACAGCUUCCGGGUCAUGUGGCCAGUAUGACUAAGCCGCUUCUGGCGAACCAGAGCAGCGCAUGGAAACGCCGUUUACCUUCCUGCCAGAGUGGUACCUAUUUAUCUACUUGCACUUGACGUGCUUUCGAACUGUUAAGUUGGCAGGAGCAGGGACCAAGCAAUGGGAGCUCACCCCGUCGCGGGGAUUCGAACCGAAGACCUUCUGAUCGGCAGUGGUUUAACCCACAGCGCCACCCGCGUCCCUGUGUCGGAUUUACAUAUAAGCUAUAAGGGCCCGACUCUCUUGGGGGCCCCCAAAAAAAUUAAAGGGGGAAAAAACUGGAUGUACUUUUCCAAAAUAGAAGAUAAAAAACAAAUAAAAUAAAACCUACAUACAGCAACAGUGUUUUGUGUUGUGUAGGCUCCUUUGAUGUAUAUAAUGGGCCCCGCCUGCUAGCCUGCUCUCUAAAAUAUCACGAUUAAUAUGCUACUUCUUAAUUGUAUUUCACUAUUAAUAUACUUCUUCUUAAUUGUAUUUCAGUUCAACGAUUACUUUGAUAAAAUACAUAUUUUGUUAUGUGCAAAUGGCUUUAGAUGCCUGUUAGGUCCAUAAAUGACCAUAUAGCAUAUAUUCAACACAAAAAACAGCGACAAUUUGUUGUUGACAAAGGACAGCUGGACAUAUAAAGGGCCCCAUUACCUUCAGUAGCUCAGGGCCUCAUCAAACCUAAAUCCGGCCCUGGUUACAACCGUAUAAAGCCCCCUGUCUGGAAGCACUCCCAAUUUUAGUUUCCUGACACUGCUUCAAGUAUUCGUGUUCAAGAAUUAACAUUUUCCAACGCUUGCUUCUCUCUCCUUUUUCAUUUAGGUGCAGUCCGUUACUUUGAUUUGGUCUUUAGGGCAAGAAGAGCAAUUCCUUUUUACCCCUUUUCAGUUGUGUGCACUGAAGACAGCAUGAGAAAUCUAAAAUUGCUGAGAACCUGGGAAUGCCAGCCAGUCCGGACUGUUGGAACUCCUCAAGGCUUCUGUCUCCGUGCAGACAAGGGGACGUUAUUAGUCAGUACAGAGUAUGGAAUUGUGGAGGUGGAUCCUACCACACAAGAGGUGAGAUAGCACAUGUCAAUUUUGGUUUUUGCAUUCUAAGAGCUGCCUGCCUAGCAACAGUCCAUUGCCAACUACUUUUGCUGCUUUUCCAUAGUGAGCCCUUGGCUUUUCAUCAGGUGAGGCCUAAUGAUGUGAAUAUUUGGGCAUAAAAUACUUUCAAUCAAAGGAAGGAAUUGAACCUGUGUAUGCUUUCAACAUUGUAUUUUAUUCACUACUCCAUACAGAGGUAAUUUCUGGCGUUAAAAAAUGUUUGGGUAGAUUCUUGAGUUAAUUUUGCAAGACAGAAAGCAUGCGGAUAAUUUUUAUUAAAGACUUUGUUCAAAUUGUGGGUGGGUGUAUUUGCAGAAGAGUGUCGAUUAACACUAAAACGUUCAGGGCGGCAGUCUUUCGAUUUCCUGCUCCCAGGAAAUUCUUGCCAUGUUGGUGUGUCUGCUGAAGAACCCUUGCCUCUGCUACAGAACCUCUGCAUAUUGCAAAGGGUUCUGGGAUAUAUUCUAGAACAUACUUCCAGGUCUUGCUGGUUGUUGCUGACCAGGCUUGUUAGGUUUUGCUAUGUUCAUGAACCAAAAGUGCACCAGAAUUUGCUCACUCUUCUCCCAUGACUGCACUUUGCAGGGAAUGUUCAGUUAUAGUGUUUUUCACUAAAUGUUCUAUGCUAUUACUGAUCUUCUCAGUAAGGAACCCCUGACAGAUUUCCAAAGGACUCCAAGAUUCCUAAGAAAACAAGUUUGCAAAUCACUGCUUUCUAUGAUGGUGGUGGUGGUGACGAUGUGUAGUGUGCCCAUCAACCUCAAGGUGUACAGGGUAAUAUACAUUUCAUCAAGUUCAACAGCAUUUAAAUUCAUCACAGCAAUUAAUAUAAAAAUAAUUAACCCAUGAACACCAGCAUCUCAAAACAAUCAGUAAAGAGGCACUCUACAGUUUCCCAGUGUGUUGGAUGCUAAGCCAUUGCAUAGAAUCCUAGUAAAAGGGUAAUCAAAAUAUAUCCACAUAUUUUUGUAGAUGUGUAUGCCAGAGGAACAUGCAUUUUGCUAGGAUGAUUCCAGCAGUUUGCAGCAGGACCAGUAAAUAACUGCAGUUUAACGCACAUGUUGGUUGUGGUCUUCCGCUAAGAGCCAAAUCAACAUGUUUGCGUUAUAGCAGGUGCUUGUCUCUGUUUUAAAGGUCACAAAUGAAGUUUCUUUGCUAGCUGAGGGUUUUCUACCUGAAGAUGGAAGCGGGUUCAUUGUGGGCAUUGAGGAUUUGCCUGAUCAGGAAUUUGUCUGUGUGGCUACUGCGACUGGAGACGUCAUACUGUGCAAUCUGAACACAAACCAGGUAUGACAGGAGGGGCCAAAGUAACAUGAUGGUUAACCAGUGAUAUGGAUGUUGUAAAUGUUCUUGCCUUAAUCUUAUUAGCAUCCACAGAGUUUUUAGCUUUUGCUCUUUUUUGUUAAUGCAGUAUAUGGAUUUCUUUACAUCUGUUGCACGUAAGGGGCGGGGGAAGUUUGCCAAAUGUAAAUUGUCACUGAGGUGUAUUUUACCACAUACAGUGGUACCUCGGGUUACAUACGCUUCAGGUUACAGACUCCGCUAACCCAAAAAUAGUACCUCGGGUUAAGAACUUUGCUUCAGGAUGAGAAAAGAAAUUGUGCUCCGGUGGUGCUGUGGCAGCGGGAGGCCACAUUAGCUAAAGUGGUGCUUCAGGUUAGGAACAGUUUCAGGUUAAGUACGGACAUCCGGAACGAAUUAAGUUCUUCACCUGAGGUACCACCUCGGUGUCCGGGCUGAACGUUGGGGGAGGAGACGCUCCUUCAGGUGUGCUGGGCCGAGGCUGUUUAGGGCUUUAAAGGUCGGCACCAACACUUUGAAUGGUGCUUGGAAACAUACUGGGAGCCAGUGUAGAUCUUUCAGAACCAGGGUUAUAUGGUCUCGGCGGCCACUCCCAGUCACCAGUCUAGCUGCCGCAUCUAGAGAACUUACACCUCCUUCCCAAAGUUGGGAAAGCACUAACUAGGCUUUGGGAAAGUUAAAAGGAGACACUAGGAUCCUGUCAGAGACCUCACACCACCUUCCCAAAGCACAGCACCUUGUUUACCGACUUUGGGAAGGCAGCGCAAGGGUUGUGGAAGCGUCAAAUGUUGCUGAAGGCCACAAAAAAGCCCUCAAGGGACAUAUGUGGCCGUUGGGCGACCUGUUGGACCGCUGUGCCCUAUGGGAAGCCUCUAAACAGAACCUGAAUGCAGUGGUUAAGAGCGGUAGACUUGUAAUCUGGGGAACCAGGUUUGUGUCUCUGCUCCUCCACACGCAGCUGGGUGACCUUGGGCUAGUCACACUUCUCUGAAGUCUCUCAGCCCCACUCAGCUCAGAGAGUGUUUGUUGUGGGUGAGGAAGGGAAAGGAGAUUGUUAGCCGCUUUGAGACUCCUUAGGGUAGUGAUAAAGCGGGAUAUCAAAUCCAAAUUCUUCUUCUUCUUCUUCCUCUUCUUCUUCUUCUUCUUCUUCUUCUUCUUCUUCUUCUUCUUCUUCUUCUUCUUCUUCUUCUUGUUCCCUGCAGCUGACAUUCAGAGGCAUGCUUCCUCUGUAAUCUGAGGGAGUACAUCACAACCUCGGCUAGUACCCUUUAAUGGCUUUAUCCUCCAUUUGACACUGUCAAAUCCCUUGUGAGGUUGUGUGAGGCUGCUGUUAAAAGGCACAGGAGCAGCAGCAUGAGUUAACAAUCUUCAAUCUUUUUGCAGUUGGAGUGUGUUGGGAGUGUGGACAGCGGUCUAACUGUGAUGAGCUGGAGUCCUGACCAAGAGCUCGUUCUCCUUGCCACAGGUGUGGAGCAACAUUCCAAAGCCAAUCCUGUCAGCCUCGUUCCUUACCUUUUGGUCUAUUGAAGAUGAUACAGUGCUGACCCAUUGCAAAACUGUAAUAAGCCUUGGGAACUGUGCGCUUUCCGGGUUAGUGUUACAGGUUCACCAGUGCUGGCUGUGAAUCCGGUUCUCUUCUUCACCAAACCAACUUCCAAGCUUGGCUUCAGACCUUGGUUUGACAAGAAAACCUGCUUAGUUAGCAUUUAACAGUUGUCGGCAUCAGUGCACCUGUAACACUAAAUCAGUAUGAUUUAGGGCGGGGGGAAUUACUUCUGAUGAGAGCAAGAGGGAUGGGGAGCACAUACCUGUUUCUGUACCAAUUGGCAGACCGAGGUUUUCUUUGAACCAGCAUCAUGUCUGCACAAAGUCUCUGUGUCUGUGAGAUCCAGAAGCUCCUACUGAAAGCAGUCACUUUUUACGUUUAAUGGCAAUACAGAAGUAAUAACUAUUAAGUUAAUAUUCUGCUACUGUUUUGUCAACUGUUCUUCGAGUUUAAAUGUCUUUGUCAUGUGCUAACUGAAUACAGUGGUGCCUUGGGUUACAUACGCUUCAGGUUACAGACUCCACUAACCUAGAAAUAUUACCUCAGGUUAAGAACGUUGCUUCAAGAUGAGAACAGAAAUUGUGCUCUGGCGGUGUGGGGGCAGCAGGAGGCUCCAUUAGCUAAAGUGGUGCUUCAGGUUAAGAACAAUUUCAGGUUAAGAACAGACCUCCGGAAUGAAUUAAGUAUGUAACCAGAGGUACCACUGUAUUAUUUUUUAGAAGACUUUAAAAUAUUGGGAAUCACAUGUUUGUUUGUUUGUUUGUUUGUUUGUUUAUCCAGUUCACUUACAAAUCGCUUCAUAUGAGGCACCCCAAAACGAUUUGAAGUUUAAUCACAUAUAUAAAACAGUUACGUAUAUAAAAACAGUUAAAACUGCAUAUAUUGAAACAUUUAAAAACAAAACAAAUAAACACAUACAUAAAAUCAAGUCAAAUCCAAUACAGUUAUCAACUGGGUUUAAGCUUUUAGAAGGCUUGUUGAAAGACAACAUUGUAGCCUAAAUCUCUUGUUUUAUUUAUACAAUUUAUGUUGCACUUAAUGUGGUAGAAUGUCUAGGUAGGUAGAAUGAAAUGUACCAAAUCCAAAGAAACAAUGGGGCAGAAAGCAGUAUCAGACAAUGUCAUGUAAGAGUACAUCCAUAUUUGGUAAAUAUCAAGAAGAACUGGAGAAGACUACGUAAUACUAAUGAUAUAAGUGAAACGGUGGUCUAGGAAAAGAGAAUGCAGUGGUGUCCCAACAGCCACAGAAGAAGGGUUGGAAUUUUGUGGUGUGAUAAGUAAGCUAUAUUAGUCCAUCUUGGCAGAGUCUCGAUUUUAAAGGCCAUUGCUGUUCACACUAUGACACAGGUCAGCAGACUCUCAUCCUGAUGACGAGGGACUUUGAACCUAUUACAGAAAGUCAAAUCCACCAAGAUGACUUUGGAGAAGGUGAGUUGGUGCUGCAGAUAUGGGAUGCUCAAAAAAUGCACGGCAGCAGUUUUAAAAAUUGAAUGAAAUGCAUAAAGGUAAAGGGACCCCUGACCAUUAGGUCCAGUCAUGACCGACUCUGGGGUUGCGGCGCUCAUCUCGCUUUAUUGGCCGAGGGAGCCGGCGUACAGCUUCCGGGUCAUGUGGCCAGCAUGACUAAGCCGCUUCUGGCGAACCAGAGCAGCGCACGGAAACGCCGUUUACCUUCCCGCUGGAGCGGUACCUAUUUAUCUACUUGCACUUUGACGUGCUUUUGAGCUGCUAGGUUAGCAGGAGCAGGGACCAAGCAACGGGAGCUGACCCCGUCGCGGGGAUUUGAACCACCAACCUUCUGAUCGGCAAGUCCUAGGCUCUGUGGUUUAACCCAUAGCGCCACCCGCAUAGGCAGAACCAAAUGAAAACCAGACAACUGGAUCCAGCUGCUCAUUUUGCAUGUUACAAGGUUGGAAGGGACUUGAGAAGACACCUAGUUCAAGACUCUACAAUGCAGGAUGCGGGGAACUUCAGGCCUGGGGGCCACAUGUGGCCCUUCAGAUAACUAUUUAGCCUUCAGUAGCCCUCCUCCAUGUCCUUUUUGUGUGUUUAUUUUUGCCUGGCUGUAAUGUGUCCCCGAAAUGUGACAAAUGCUUUUAGCUUAUCUGUGGAUGGAGAGGUAUAGCCCCCUGUAAGAAUAAUAGAAAGAGAUAUCAUGUUUAUGUUUGAAUCAAGACUUCAUAAACUCUUAAGGUCUCCAGCUGGUCUCCAGCAAUGAAGUUGAUAUCAGGUGGUUGGCAUGGUGACUUGUAAAGUUUGCAAAAGAUUUUGAGAACGAGAAUGAAGUCUUGUGAAGUUUGAUGGGGUGGGCAAUACAUUUUUGUCGGAUUGUUAAAGUGUCACACCACAAAUGCUGCUAAUUUGUUAACUUCUAGGAAAGUUUAUUACUGUUGGUUGGGGUAAAAAGGAAACCCAGUUUCAUGGAUCAGAAGGCAAGAAGGCAGCUCGCACCAAGCCAGUGGUACUGUAUUCAUUAUAAAUAUUGGUUAUGCGUGUACACAAAUAAGUAGAAAAUGUAUACAGUGGCAAAAUGAUGGAUGUAAGAAAGGCACACACCCCUAUUUGAAUAAAUUGUUCUUAUUGGAAUACCUGCAUUAAAUAGGAUCACAGAGCUAGUGUGGUGUGGUGGAUAGAGCGUUGGAAUGAGAGGAUCCAGUUUGAAAUGUCCACUCAAUCGCGAAGGUCCCUAAGCCUAUUCACACACUGAAUUGAAAUAUAAGGCCCAGUUUGCACAUCCCAUAGUUAUUUGUUUACUCUGAACGUGAGGAUUGCUCUCACUUUGCCACGCUCCUGGCAUAGGAAGGAACGGCAAAUCACAGUUCCUAAAUUAGUGAUAUGUUCAUAGUGGGGAUUUUGGUUUGUUUUGAUCCAAUUAGCCAUGAUUGCUUAGCAAAGAAGGGUUUCAUAUCGUAUAUUGUGGUUUGUUUGGGGUUGAAGCAAACAACAGUUUGUAAAGCCACAGCUUGUGGUUUGUUGCUGUCAUUCACUAUGGUUUACUGUGUUGUACGACUGCAGCCAAUCAGAGCAGGCCCUCAGUUUUUCAGUCUCAUCCACGGGAAAAUUAAGCUAGCAAACAAGGUGUGUGGGAGGGGACUAGGAGUAAAUGGCACACGGCCACCUGCCUCUUGCGUCUCAGUUAACAGGAAGUGCAUCAUCAUUUAUUUCCCCAGGAAGUGCUGCCUGCUCUGCCAUGGGAUGACCGUAGACCUCGAAUCACCUGGAGAGGAGAUGGACAGUACUUUGCAGUGAGUGCUGUUUGCCCAGAGACAGGUUGGUAUAAGUUCAAAACAAUAAAAUGCUUUUUGCUUAAAAAAACCACACAACACCUGCUUGAAUAAAGGAUAAAAAAAUCGUAUUUUAAAAAGUGAGAAUACUCUGUCAUCAUAACUGUUAUUAAUAUACAUUGUUAAGGUAUUUCUCAUGGCUCUGUUCACACCCUUAAUGUCUCCUUAAGAGACAGAACUCCAAGAAGACAUAGGCAGAUGUGCUAUCUCAGUUCUAUGUGGUUCCUGUUAAAGUAUUGGGCUAACAUAAAUGGGCCAGAGCCUGAUACACAGUUAAGGAAACACAAAAGCUAUUCCCAUCCCAGGCACUGAGAUAAUCAGUGGUAUCCUUGAGUGCAUUUUUUAUUUUCACUCAUGGCUACAGUGUUGCAGUUGGGAUACUGGGUAGAUAAGGUAAAGGUAAAGGGACCCCUGACGGUUAGGUCCAGUUGUGACCGACUCGGGUUGCGGCACUCAUCUCGCUUUAUUGGCCGAGGGAGCCGGAGUACAGCUUCCGGGUCAUGUGGCCAGCAUGACCAAGCCGCUUCUGGCGAACCAGAGCAGCACACGGAAACGCCAUUUACCUUCCCGCCGAAGCGGUACCUAUUUAUCUACUUGCACUUUGACGUGCUUUCGAACUGCUAGGUUGGCAGGAGCUGGGACCGAGCAACGGGAGCUCACCCCGCUGCGGAGAUUCGAACCACUGACCUUCUGAUCGGCAAGUCCUGGUCUCAGUGGUUUAACCCACAGCGCCACCCGGGUGCAGAGGACAUACAUGUAUAUUGCAUGCAAACACACCUAUGGUGUCCCUGCGCAUGGGUUCACACAUAAUAUGUACAGUCGUGAUGAUAGGCGUUGCACCAGUUUCCUUAAAAAGAGGAAAGACUCCAUCAGACAGACUGAGCAAUGAAUGUACAGCUGCUCAAGAUGUAAUAUUAACCUGUGUUGUCUGAUAAGGCUCCCUGGGAGACUUUAUGGGUGAAACAUAGUCUGCAGAUCCUGAAGCUUGGAAAACAAUUAUAAUGAGUCUACUGUGCGCAUAUUUCUCUCCCCCCCCCCUCUGAAAAUGCAGGUGCUCGGAAAGUCAGGGUGUGGAGCAGAGAGCUUGUUUUGCAGACAACAAGUGAGCCCGUCCCAGGGUUAGAACAAGCACUGGCAUGGAAGUGAGUAGGGAAGAGUUGUGUUUUGUGGUGCGCAAUGAGUUUGUGUUGUGUUCACAUAUGCCCAUUGAAACUUCACCAGCCAUGGAUUUUAAAGGUGGUGACUUCACUGUUGAAACCCACUUAGGCCCAAUCUGCACUAUGCAUUUAAAGCAGUAUCAUACCACUUUAACAGUCGUGGCUCCCCCCAAAGGAUCCUGGGAAUCCUUUGUGAAGUUGAAUUUAGCAGCAGUGCCAUUAAUUAAAGCAGGCUUCCUCAGACUCGGCUCUCCAGGUGUUUUCAGACUACAGUUCCCAUCAUCCCUGACCACUGGUCCUGCUAGCUAAGGAUCAUGGGAGUUGUAGGCCAAAAACAGCUGGAGGGCCGAGUUUGAGGAAGCCUGAAUUAAAGGCCGGAAGAGAUGGAGGGAAAUGGGGAAUGAAGUGAGAAUUUCAGUGGUGGGUGAACCGGUUUUGUUUGUAUCGCAGACAGCAGGGCAUUGAGGAGCAAUGAAGGGGUAGGCCUUGCAUAUAAAUUUCUCAGAGGCCAAGGCUUUAGAUCUAAUGCUCAGGAUUCACUGUUGUUGAGUUCCCAGAUCUACGAGAAACGGUAGCCCUUUUCUCUGACUCUAGCAAUGUUUGUUUGUAUGUAUAUAUUUGUAGUGUUGGCUUUCACCCUUCUCCCUGGAAAAGUUCCUGCAGGUGGUUGUAGAUGGGGGCUAUGCUGGAGGGGAAAGCUUGAUUCUCAGUGGAGACCAUUUUGUUCUGAGGGGCUGUACUCAGGAGGAACACACAGGAGAAACCUCCACCUUCAGAAGCUCUCUGUAAUAUAUAUAGGGUCUCCCUUCUCCACCUUCCACCUUUCCUUAUGACAGACGUUUCACUACUUCAUCUUUUUUUAAAAAAUAAAAAUGCAUGUUUGAGGAAUUGUCCAAAACGUUGUCCUAACUUACACUUUCGUUUUAUUUGUUGAGGCCCUCUGGAAGCUUAAUUGCAUCCACACAAGAUAAAGCCAACAAACACGACGUUGUGUUCUUUGAAAAAAACGGACUUCUUCAUGGUGAAUUCACACUUCCCUUCCAGAAAGGCCAAGUCAAGGUAGGAUGACCCUCUUUCUGAAGGAUUUGUAAACUGAAUAAAGUGGUACCUCGGUUUUGAACGCCUCCAUAGUUGGAACAUUUCGGAACUCGAAUGCCGAAAACCUGGAAGUAAAUGCCUCAGUUUUCGAACACACACCAGAAGUCGAACAGAAAAUGCGGCUUCCAUUUUGAGUUUUCCGUAUUGAGGCUUCUGCUUUCAGUUUUCGGUUUUUGAAUGUUUCAGAACUCGAACAGACUUCUGGAAUGGAUGACGUUCAAAAACUGAGGUACCACUGUAGUAGUCAGCUAACUGAAUCUGAAGAUUUCUUGCCCUCCUCUUGUUUGGAGGGAUUUAGAAUUCUUUAGUUUUAAAUUGUGAAGGAGAUGUUACUUGACUGAAGGAAAAUAAAUUCUGUUGAAAAUGGCUCCAGCUUCAUAUGACACCCCAAUCCAUGUUGCUUUAGGUAAAUGAGCUACUCUGGAAUUCGGACUCCAUGAUAUUGGCAGUAUGGUUGGAAGAACUGAAAACGGAAGAUACAGCUCAACCAAAGACAUAUGGUAAGUGUGGGAAUGUUCAGGGAGGCAGGAGAGGAUAUAUUGUUUAAUAAUAUCCUUUCCAACUUGCGUUAACAAGUUCUAUAAUUUAGCAGAGUAACAUUCCCAUUUUAAAACUUACACAGCGAAUAGGUUUACCAGGCUUGUUUAAGCUUCUAAAAUAAGUGUCCUGGUAAUUCCCCUUUUAUUCCCUCCUAAAAAGAAAUAGACACAGCACAGUUUUGUAUAAAAAGUAUAAAAUAGUUUACUCACACAUUCUGUUCACAAAUGGAUCCCAGAAGGCAGACUUAAGUUACAAAAUAUAUACACUUGGAAUCUAUCCCAUAAGAAGAUAGUUCCUUUGUCUUCUCUUGGCUAGAAGCCUUUGUCCUCUCUCUUGGAAGCCAAGAGAGCAUCUCAGGCUGAGUUGCAAAAUGGAGAAGAGAGAGAUGUGGUGGCCAGUCCUGUGCUUUUGUUACCUGCACAGGUAAGGUCAAGCCCACUUCUGGUCAUAUGUAGAGGAAGUUUGUCCCAGCCCAGGAGGAAACAGGAAGUUUAUCUACUGGCUGAACAAACAUCCCUCUCUAGGAAUGUUGUAUUUUGUCUGCUCUGUGUUUCACACCCCACAGUAAGAACAUAGCAUUAUCAUCUGACUCUUGGUGAACCAGAACUUCUCAGACUGGCUCACAGUCAGGUGUGGCCUCCAUCAAGUACCCUGGUGCAUGGCUGGCUGCUUGCAUUUGAAUGCUUCCAGUCGUGUGGAGGAUUAAACUGCAGAAACGUGCAUGCACCAAUAUGUGUGAUGGCUGCCACUGAGGAGAUACAUUUUAAACUCUCAGGACACAGAGAGAGAAAGAGAGAGGGCACUAGAGAGACUUUUCAUGCAACCCAAAUCCUAUAGGGUAGAGGUCAGUAACUGGAGGCACCUAGGCCAGUCCUGACCCCCCUCCCUCAUGUGUGCUGACAUCCUUCUUGCAAGCCUCCAGGCAAAAGAGAUGUGGAGAAAGAUGUGGGAAGGACAGAAGUACCUAAAUUAUAUAGAAUUUUAUUUAUGUAUGCUACUACAGCAGCAAGGGGACGCGGGUGGCACUGCGGGUUAAACCACAGAGCCUAGGACUUGCCGAUCAGAAGGUCAGCGGUUCGAAUCCCAGCGACGGGGUGAGCUCCCGUUGCUCGGUCCCUGCUCCUGCCAACCUAGCAGUUCGAAAGCACGUCAAAGUGCAAGCAGAUAAAUAGAUACUGCUCCAGCGGGAAGGUAAAUGGCGUUUCUGUGCGCUGCUCUGGUUCACCAGAAGCGGCUUAGUCAUUCUGGCCACAUGACCCGGAAGCUGUACGCCGGCUCCCUCGGCCAAUAAAGCGAGAUGAGCGCCGCAACCCCAGAGUCGGCCACGACUGGACCUAAUGGUCAGGGGUCCCUUUACCCUUUACAGCAGCAAGAAUGUUACUUGCCCAAAAGUGGAAAGAAGCAGAAGUCUCAGCGAAGGAAGAUGCAUACAAAAUGCAUACAAAAACUUAUGGAGUAUGCAGAAAUGGGGAAACUUACCGGAAGAAUAAGAAAUCAAGAUAACAGACUUUUUAUAAAAGAAUGGAAAUGGUUUAUUGAAUGUUUACAGAUAAACUGUAAACAGAUGAAAACGUUAGCAGGAUUAUUAUAGUUUUAUAAGAGUAUAUAUUUGCAGUAGAUAAUUAAAUGAGCAAGUUAAAUGAAUGUGGAUAUGCAGAAGAUAUUGAAAAAUAAAUUUAAGGAACCGCAGAAAGGCAGGAAGGAAAUCAAAAUUUGAAAUGUUAAAUCGAUUGUAAAACUAAUGAAAUGUAUAAAUCUGAAAAGUAUAAAAAAAAAUUAAAAAGAAAUGUGGAGAAAGAGGCAUCUGUGGCAAAAGAACAUGGUGACUACCACCACCUGGGAAAUGUUCAUUUUCAAACUAAGCUGAAUGCUACACAACUAGACAGAGAAGAGAUUCUAAUACCUCAAAGGCUAGAGAGAUUGGGGGGGGGGAGUGUCUGUUGUGCUACAAGUUGGGGGGUGUCUAAUGUACAGUCCUGCGUUCUGUGUACAGUUCAGCUCUGGACAACGGGGAACUACCACUGGUACCUGAAGCAAAGCCUGCAUUUUGAUAGCUCAGAAGGCAGCCAGUCCAUUGUGUCCCUGGCAUGGGACCAAGAGAUGCCGUACAGACUCCACAUCCUCUGCCAGCAGUGGCUUUACCUCUGCUAUGACUGGCAGUGGAGUACGGACCGCAGCAGCGGUGAAGGGGCAAGCGACUUGGCUAGCGUGGCAGUCAUUGAUGGAGGUACGUUUCUACUGAGCGAGGUUGUUGUGGUUUUUUUUAAGGUGGACUGCGCCUGCUGAGAAGUCCGCGCAAAAAGAAUUAGGCCACACUUUUGCAAACUCUAAAAUCUGAAUUUAUUCCCUUAUCUCCCCCACUUCACCCAGCAUUUCACAAGAUGGAGAAGCUACUCUGUCAGGUUUACAGUAGGCCCUAUGCAGGACUCCUCCCCAUAGCUAGUAGAAGCAGAAUAAAUGAUGCAAAAUAAGCAAAUACAGUGGUACCUCCGGUUAAGUACUUAAUUCGUUCCGGAGGUCCGUACUUAACCUCAAACUGUUCUUAACCUGAAGCACCACUUCAGCUAAUGGGGCCUCCUGCUGCCGCUGCGCCGCCGGAGCACGAUUUCUGUUCUCAUUCUGAAGCAAAGUACUUAACCUGAAGCACUAUUUCUGGGUUAGCGGAGUCUGUAACCUGAAGCAUAUGUAACCUGAGGUACCACUGUACAUAGAAAUUCGCUUAAUUUUGCAUAAUACAAACAGGUCAUGAAAUUUAGUUUUUUCUCGAUUCAGAACAAUUAUUUUAACUGCCGGGUAUACACAGCCCUGAUUAAGGGCUUGUUAACAUGAGGGAAAGGCCGUUUUGAAGGAACCUAGAAAUCCUCCAAAGAAACUCAGUCGAAACUGACAAAACAUCUAUAAAGAUAGUGAAGAGACAGUUCUCGUCCUCAUCUCCCGUGCAUGAUGAGUGUACAUCUUAAUAUUUAUAAAGAAUUUUCAAUGUGUUCAGAGCCCUUCACAUGUCAUAGAGUGUUUCAGUAAUCUUUACAACAAUCCUGUAAGGAAGUUCAGUAUUGUUAUUGUGCACUGUGCAAAAUAGGAGCAAGCCAGGGCUGAACUGAUACUACCCUUGCUGGUACCUUUCCCAGGAAAAUUAGAGGCUCACUAUGUCAGGUUCCUAUUGGAAGACCGGAAAAUGCUAGAACAUUAGCAGUGGCAAAGUUUUUAUCGGUGGUUGCGAGAACCAGUGAUCCCUAUAUUCUGAACAAAAUGCUUGUUUAACCUGGAGGUAGGCUGUAUGAAUUGUGUCUUGCUUUGUAACGAUUUGUUGGGUCUCUGGACCGUAAUAAAGAUUGUUGUUGUUGUUAUUGACCUGCCCUGUAAAGUAGCUUGGUAUUUUGAUCAGCAGAUGGGGCUGAGGCUCUAGGAAUAUAAUGACUUAUUCAAAUUCACCUGGUGAGUUCAGAUUAGAGGCAAGAUUCGAACCUGUGACCUGCCUGUUCAUACCCUUAGCUCAUGUGAUUGCGCUAUACUUAACAAUCGGCCGCUGGAAAAAGUGAUCAGACUCCACUAAGAAGCAUUGGAUUUUAAUAUGAAAAAAUCUGUGAUGAUGUCUGUAUGUUUAGUCUGGCCUUUGCUGCUAUGCAUUGAUGCCCAUGAAAGCGAUUUCCCCCUCUCCUUUUUCUCUUUAAAGACAAGGUGCUGUUGACAGCCUUCCGUCACGCUGUUGCCCCUCCACCUCUUUGUAGCUAUCAGCUCCAGCUCCCCUGUUCUGUCAAUCAAGUUGCCUUCCUUAUGGAACCUUCUAGAAGUGGGGAUCUUGCUGUCUUGGAUGCUAGCAACAGGAUUUCCAUUUAUAGAGCGGGUAGGUACACCCGUGGCUUCGCCAAAAACAUGGCUUCAACUCCUUGCAUUCUAAAAGGCCGGGUGGGGAUGGUGGCGUUCAAUUUAAUUUAAAACAGAACAGAGGUAAGUUCCCAGGCUGAUGCUGAAGUAAGUCCAUCGCAUGUUCUCUUUGUUGCCUUUUGACAGAUGGCCAGACGGACACAGACGCCACUGUUAAAACUGGUGCAGUUGGUGGAAGUAGAUGCAAAGUUGCAGUCCCUCGGCUGGAAAAGACAUACAGGUACCGGGAGUUAAACUGGGUGCAGAAUAUUUGUUCCUGAAGGAAUGUGAAACCAAUACAUAUAACCACAGUGGCACCUUGGUUUUCGAACAAAAUGUGUUCCGGAAGUCCGUUUGACUUCCAAAACGUUCGGAAACCAUUGUGCGGCUUCCAGUCGGAAGCUGCGCCGGACGUUUGGCUUCCAAGACAAAGUUCGCAAACCAGAACAACUACUUCCAGGUUUGCGGUGUUCGAGUUCCAAGUUGUUCAUAAACCAAACUGUUUGAAAACCAAGGUACGUCUGUACUGGGUACUGGCUGGGUGAGCUCUGGUGAGCAGGGUAACUCUUCCCUUGACUUUCUGUAUUGUUUCCAUUUGUUGUUGUUGAGUUGUUUAGUCGUGUCCGACUCUUCGUGACCCCCUGGACCAGAGCACGCCAGGCACUCCUGUCUUCCACUGCCUCCUGCAGUUUGGUCAAACUCAUGCUGGUAGCUUUGACAACACGGUCUAACCAUCUCUGUCGUCCCCUUCUCCUUGUGCCCUCCAUCUUUCCCAACAUCAGGGUCUUUUCCAGGGAGUCUUCUCUUCUCAUGAGGUGGCCAAAGUAUUGGAGCCUCAGCUUCAGGAUAUGUCCUUCCAGUGAGCACUCAGGGCUGAUUUCCUUCCGAAUGGAGAGGUUUGAUUUCUUGCAGUCCAUGGGACUCUCCCCCAGCACCAUAAUUCAAAAGCACCCAUUCUUCGGCGAUCAGCCUUCUUUAUGGUCCAGCUCUCACUUCCAUGCAUCACUACUGGGAAAACCAUAGCUUUAACUAUACGGACCUUUGUUGGCAAGGUGAUGUCUCUGCUAUUUAAGAUGCUGUCUAGGUUUGUCAUUGCUUUUCUCCCAAGAAGCAGGCGUCUUUUAAUUUCAUGGCUGCUGUCACCAUCUGCAGUGAUCAUGGAGCCCAAGAAAGUAAAAUCUCUCACUGCCUCCAUUUCUUCCCCUUCUAUUUGCCAGGAGGUGAUGAUCUUCGUUUUUUUGAUGUUGAUCUUCAGACCAUAUUUUGCGCUCUCCUAAGACAGGGAGGUUGCAUUCACCUCUUCCCAAUGUCUCAUUCCACAUACAGUUGUUCCUCAAGCUCUUUGCUUUUAUUUUUUUGGCUAACUCACUGGUUCUUCACAUUACGAGCCAGUUUGACCAUAACAACCCCAGCUUCAUAAAUCAUGAGCAUUAGGAGAGCAUGCUUCUCUUCCCUUUGUUUUAGUACUUCAAACCUGGCCAAACAAGCUAUAGUUUCCUUUUAACGUAUGAGACAGAAAAACUAUAGCUUCAUAUCUGUCUACUAUCCAGGAUUGUAAACCAGUUGAAACAACCUAGGCGUGCACUUGAAUACGACAACGUGUAAAAAAGUGGCCCUCAAACCUGAUUCCCACCAGCAGAUCAGCACUUGAUUUCUCAACAAACAAUUAGUUGCCCGCUUGGUGGCUGGUAAAGUAAACAUGUAAACUGAUUCAGUUUUAAAGCACGGUAAAUGAAAUGAGGAGAUGGAGCUGUUUGUAUGUCCUCUGCACCCGGGUGGUGCUGUGAGUUAAACCACAGAGCCUAGGACUUGCCGAUUAAUCCCCGCCGGUUCGAAUCCCCGCCACGGGGUGAGCUCCCGUUGUUCGGUCCCUGCUCCUGCUAACCUAGCAGUUUGAAAGCACGUCAAAGUGCAAGUAGAUAAAUAGGUACCACUCCGGCGGGAAGGUAAACGGCGUUUCCUUGCGCUGCUCUGGUUCGCCAGAAGCGGCUUAGUCAUGCUGGCCACAUGACCUGGAAGCUGUACGCCGGCUCCCUCGGCCAAUAAAGCGAGAUGAGCGCCGCAACCCCAGAGUCGGUCAUGACUGGACCUAAUGGUCGGGGUCCCUUUACGUUUUACCUUUUAAAUGAAGUGAGGAGAUGGAGCUGUUUUGAUGAUGUGAUGGAACAUAACACACGCGAAUCAGCCCUUAGCUCUCCAAAGCUAACUUGGGAUGCACAUACGCAAUAAAAGUGUUUGCAGAAUCCGUAGAUAACCCUCUUCCUCUGCUUGCCUUCUGACUUGCCUUCUGACUGGUAUUACCUCGGGCUAAUAGACGAUUCCUCCAAAUAAUACUGAGAAUAAUAUUGUCCAUUCUCUAUGCCGUGUCGCCUGGGUGUAUUUUAGAAAGGGUUUGAAUUGUGCAGAGGUGGGGAUGGUUAAUGCUCCUAAUUAAUGAAGUACAUGAAUAAUUUCUUCUCCUUCUUUUUGAAAACUGUCACAGAUUUGACCUUGGCGACAACAGAGACGGGAAAAAUCCGCUGUGGCUUCGCCUUGUCACCUGGUUGCAAGAUGACCUGUUCCUGGCUGCUGGCCAGGCGUACCUCCCAGCUCACACCUCCAUUCACCAUCUGAAUCUGUCCUCGUCGGCAGAGGAGGGAAGCAUUGAUAUCUGGUAUUGAACAGGGUAUUAUGUGUGCUGUGUUAAUUUCAGAAAUUCCUUUGCUUGGUUCUGGAAUGCUAAGGCGGGGUCUCCUCCUUUGUGCCCUUUUGGAUCUGAAUGGCUGGUUCAGCUGUUGCAGAGGCUUUGGCUGUUUAAACCCCAGUACCUGUGGAAAGCCUAUCCUUGUGUAUUUUCUUGUUCUCCCAGUCGCCCAUCUGUGUGUUCUGAUGCCUAGAAAGAGCAGUAUUGCAGCCGUACAACCAGUUAAUAUGCAUUUUUAGUGGGUGUUAGAAAACCCUGGGAGUAAGAGUCCUUGUGAGAUUGUUCAUUGUGCUUGCUGCCUUUCUUGACCAUGGUAUAUAUUUCUUGAUAUAUUUCUGUUCUAGUCAAAUAGGCUAGACAGAAGAAUUGUCACUUACCCCAGGCCACCCUUUGUGGUUUGUGGCUAAACCGGGGUCCUCCUAAUCCAAAUCCAUCACUUAUCCACUGUGCCACACCAGCUCCACAAACAUGUACAGUGGUACCUCAGGUUAAGAACUUAAUUCGUUCCGGAGGUCUGUACUUAACCUGAAACUAUUCUUAACCUGAAGCACCACUUUAGCUAAUGGGGCCUCCUGCUGCCGCUGCACGAUUUCUGUUCUCAUCCUGAAGCAAAGUUCUUAACCCGAGGUAAUAUUUCUGGGUUAGCAGAGUCUGUAACCUGAAGCGUAUGUAACCUGAAGCAUAUGUAACCUGAGGUACCACUGUACACUGACGCCUUGAUGCAUCUGAUUCAUGUUAGCCAUCUAUGUUAAAAUGGCACUGAAGGCUAGAGACUGGGAUCAUCAUAAGAGUUUUGGAGACUUUGCUAGUUAAAUAAUAAAAAUCCCCAUUGAAAAUCUGGUUAAAUAAUAUUUGGAAUGUGGCCCUGUCAGAAUGCCUUACUUGCCACUGGACCAGUUACUGUAAUUAUAUGUUGUUCUUGUAUUUGCAUGAAAACCAGUAAAAAUUAUUGGGGAGGGCUGGAAUUAUUGCUUUGUUAGGGAUCACUUUGAAGGAACAGUUCAGAGUGUGGUUUGGGUUUCUGAAACCUGCAUUCCCCUUCUGGUCCCUUAGUCAUUUAUGCAAAAAUGACUGCUCUCAGGUUGAGCAUAGCACAGUCAGCUUCCUCCCUUUUGUGCACCUUUUGUAGCUCACCUGUGACUGUGGAUGGAGAUGUCAUCAGCCUGUGUUGCAACCCGAAGACCAAAGCUGUGGCUCUGCAACUUUCUGAUGGACAAAUAAUGAAGUACCUCUGGGGUAUGUAUGGUCACUGUUAUUCUCUUAUCCGGUAGGCUGGUCUUGGAUGUCUUGACAUGGGAAGGGAAGGGUUGUAGCGCAUGUUUUGACCGCACAGUGGCCCAGGCUCCAUCUCCAGUUAAAAGGACCUGUGAUACAAAUGGCUGGGAAACACCCCUGCUUGAGACUUUGCGGGGCAGCUGCUUCCCACCAGAGCAGGCAGUACAUGUCUAAAUGGGCCAGUGUUCUGUCUUCAUAUAAAUUAGCUUCGUAGGCUCAAAUGUCACAAAAAUCCAUAAGCUGACUUUUUGCCUUGUCUAGCCUCUAGCACAUUUAAUGUUUUCAUCUCCUAGAGCAGCGGUUCUCAACCUGUGGGUCCCCAGAUGUUGUUGGACCACAACUCCCAUCAUCCCUGAGCUCUGGCCUUGCUAGCUAGGGGUGAUGGGAGUUGUAGUUCCACAACAUCUGGGGACCCACAGGUUGAGAAAAGCUGUCCUAGAGGGUGCUGUGAACCAUGCACUGUGUGCGAAUGAUGCAUUCAGUUGUGUGCAGGUGUCUUAUUUUCUAGAAUAGCCUUCCCUGACCUGGUGCCUGCCAAACCAGGGACACGGGCGGCGCUGUGGUCUAAACCCCUGAGCCUCUUAGGCUUGCUGAUCAGAAGGCUGGCUGUUUGAAUCCCCAUGACGGAGUGAGCUCCCGUUGCUCUGUCCCAGUUCCUGCCAACCUAGCAGUUUGAAAGCACACCAGUGCAAGCAGAUAAAUAGGUACCACUGUGGCGGGAAGGUAAAUGGUGUUUCCGUGUGCUCUGGUUUCCGUCACAAUGUCCCGUUGUGCCAGAAGUGGUUUAGUCAUGCUGGCCACAUGACCCGGAAAGCUGUCUGUGGACAAACUCUGGCUCCCUCGGCCUGAGAGCGAGAUGAGUGCUGCAACCCUAUAGUCGCCUUUCACUGGACUUAACCAUCCAGGGGUUCUUUGCCUUUUCCUAUAAGAAAGCUUCAUAGGCUCAAAUGCCACAAAAAUCCAUGCACUGUGUGUGAAUGAUGCAUACAGUUAUGUGUGUGUGUGUCUAUUUUCUAGAAUAAGGUAAAGGUAAAGGGACCCCUGACCAUUAGGUCCAGUCAUGACCGACUCUGGGAUUGCGGCGCUCAUCUCGCUUUAUUGGCCGAGGUAGCCGGCGUACAGCUUCCGGGUCAUGUGGCCAGCAUGACUAAGCCACUUCUGGCGAACCAGAGCAGCGCACGGAAACGCUGUUUACCUUCCCGCCGGAGCGGUACCUAUUUAUCUACUUGCACUUUGACGUGCUUUCGAACUGCUAGGUUGGCAGGAGCAGGGACCGAGCAACGGGAGCUCACCCCGUCACGGGGAUUCGAACCGCCGACCUUCUGAUCAGCAAGUCCUAGGCCCUGUGGUUUAACCCACAGCGCCACCCGCGUCCCUAUUUUCUAGAAUAGCUUUCCUUAACCUGGUGCUUGCCAAAUGUAUUGAACCACUACUCCCAUCAGCGUGGCCAAUGGCCAGGGAUAUGAUGGAAGUUGUAGUCCAGAAAACACCUGGGAGGGCACCAGGUUGGGGAAGUCUGUUCUAUGAGAGAAUGUAAAGCUGAAUGGUGUUUUCCUGGGCUGAACUUUUCUAGAGGAGCUUCUCUCUUCGCUCUUCAUGCAGCCCCACUGUUCUUGGCUCUGGGGCAUUCCCUCAUCUAGUGGUGUGAGGGAUGCCACCCCGGUUGCAAGCUUGGCCUGUUCCGCAUCAUUCCAAGAUGUUGAACCUCCUGCAUUCGGUAAAAUAAAUAGUCUUGGCUUUAUCACAUAGACCUGCUGUGUCUUUUCCCUCCCACUUCAGGAGCUGAAAAACCAGUUGUCACCCCUUGGCUGAACAGCAGCGGUUCAGCUGUCCAGUUUCCCUCUCCAUGUAUGCAGACUGCACUGGCUGUGGUUGGUGGUGAAGUAAGUAAACAAUAAGUGUGAAGUCUAGGAGCACUGAGCACCCGGUUGUGACCUUACUCAGUGGUUCUCAAGCUUUUUUCUCUGAGCCAUACUUUCAGAGUAAAAAUUUGCUUGCGUGGCACCGAAUUUUUUAUUCAUAAGAAAUACAUUUGAAACCAAAAAGAAACAGCUUAGUAGCUGAUAAGAAAUGCAUUGGAAAACUUUGGAAAACAAUGCCUAGCAGUGCCUGUGAAAGACUUUUUCCUUUCAUCAAGUACUUGCGGUUUUUAAUACCUUGCUCUUAGUAAUGCUGCUUAUAUUUUUCUACUUUGAUUCUUGUACUUGAGUUAUUGUUGUUUUAGAAUAUGCAGUUUCAAUAUAUUUUGUAUAUCACCCUUGAAUUCGAUAAUGAAGGAUGGUGUGUGUGUGUAACAAAUGAAAUAAAUAUUCCGGCAGUGGUAAGGGUGAAGUUUCAGAUCCCUGCAUAGUUUUUCCCAUCUCUAUAAUGAGCGGAAGCAGAAUAAAUUAUCCAAAAUACUUUUGAAUUUUGUUUCAUUCAGAUGAUUUCAACAAAUCUAGAUUUUAGAUGGUUUGUUUGUUGUUUAUUUCAUUAGCAGGCUUUGGAUUCAGUCGGCGCCUGGUUUUGAUUCUCUGUACAGAAUUCAUAGGUACCCAAUCUAUGGCAGGUUUGCUUUCUAACCCUGUGCUCUGCCUUUUGUCUCCUCAGGAAACCAUCUUUGGUCUGACUGACAGAUGCCGCUUUUUUAUUAACGACAUUGAGGUACCAACUCCUCUUCUAGCUCUCGCUCCUUUGUUGCCCCUCUGCCAUAGGAAGCUCCCUUGUACUGAGUCAGUCCCUUGGUCCAUGUAGCUCAGUCCUGUCAGCAUUGACCGGUAUGGCAUUCCUGGGUUUCAUACGAUGUCAGGCAUUGAGCCUGCGACUUUCUGCCUGGAGAGCAUAUGCUCUACCACUGAGCUUCAGCCCUUCCCCAACAUAAUGUCCCCCAUAAUGACCUACUGCAGAGAUUCUUCUCUGUUUCCCACAGGUUGCUUCAAACGUCACAUCCUUUGCCAUCCACGAUGAGUUUCUGCUGUUGACAACGCAUGCUCAUACCUGCCAGUGCCUGUCGCUGAGGAACACAUCCCUGAAAGGUGAAUAUCCCCAGCGUGGCUAGCAAGAAAGGGUGCCCUGGUCAGCUGAUCCUUUCUUGGACUUCCUCUUCCCUGAGAUGCUGUUAGCCCUUCCCUCAAAUACGUAGCAUCCACCUAUGGAUGGAUGCUUGCUUUCGAUUCUUCAAAAUGGCCACCAAUGUUCCUACUUUUUAUAGGAGCUCGCUUUUCCCAUGCCACAGCAGCACAAAGAGGAUGAGCAUAACAUUGUCCAUACUUUAUAAAGCCAUUAGCAUUGUAAAGGCCUUCUCUCUCUCUCUCUCUCUCUCUCUCUCUCACACACACACACACACACACACACACACUCAAUCAGCAAACUUAUAUCAAAUGUGCACAGUGGCAGAAAUCCUUGUACUAUUGGGACAGUUUCAUUGGAUAAAACCCGGCAUAUCUGCGCUUGGGGUUUAUGCCUGGUGUCCUUUUUAUUAGGCACCUUUUCCUCACUCAUAAAAAAAGUAAAUAGUUCUUCCUUUGGGACUGAGCUUUUAUAUUGACUGUGGCAUCUUCAGCUUUGCGGUCAGGUUUGGGCAACGCAUCUGUCCCCAACAGUGAGACACAGCGCAAGGUUGAAAGAGGAUCCCGGAUAGUCACAAUUGUGCCGCAGGAUACAAAGCUCAUUUUGCAGGUGAGUGCUCUCCAUCUAUGCUUAUGGCUCAAAGCACCUUAUUUGUUGCGCGGUGGUGAUCGUGGCAAAGAGAAAUAACUGGGCUACACAAAUGGAAUAAUUAUGCCAUGUAGCUCUUGCCUGGAGUGUCUCAUUCACAAAUCAGGCUGGAUAAAUCAUUAUUUGAAUGAUUCCCCAUAAAACGAACUAGAUUGCUGAGGCUGCACCCUUCUCCCUCAUGUGCCAGUAUUAUAGUACAGUGGUACCUCGGGUUACGUACGCUUCAAUAGGAUUUCAACAGACUCUGCUAACCCAGAAGUAGUACCUCGGGUUAAGAACAGAAAUCGUGCUGCGGCAGCAGCAGGAGGCCCCAUUAGCUAAAGUGGUGCUUCAGGUUAAGAACAGUUUCAGGUUAAGAACGGACCUCCGGAACAAAUUAAGUACUUAACCUGAGGUACCCCUGUAUAGAAAUGGGACGCAGGUGGCGCUGUGGUCUAAACCACUGAGCCUCGGCCUUGCCGAUCAGAAGGUCGGCAGUUUGAAUCCCCGUGACGGGGUGAGCUCCCGUUGCUCUUUCCCAGCUCCUGCCAACCUAGCAGUUCGAAAGCACGCCAGUGCAAGUAGAUAAAUAGGUACCACUGCGGCAGGAAAGUAAAUGGCAUUUCCAUGCACUCUGGUUUCUGUCAUGGUGUCCUGUUGCUCCAGAAGCAGUUUAGUCAUGCUGGCCACAUGACCCGGAAAGCUGUUUGUGGACAAAGACCGGCUCCCUUGGCCUGAAAGCGAGAUGAGCACCGCAACCCCAUAAUCGUCUUUGACUGGAGUUAACCAUCCAGGGGUCCUUUGUUUUUACCUUUAUAGAAAUAAAAAUAUGGGGAGACAUUUUGCACCCCCACUUGUUUUCUAAUGUCCCCAUACCUCCAGCUAUUUAGACACUUUCUAAAAAAUAUAUAUAAAUCUUUCACCAAGCUUUCCUUGAAUAUGUCCACUUUUGCAAUAUCCAUUUAUUUGAUUACUGAAGGUUGGGUCAGGUGGCUGCAAAAGGGAAGGGGGGCUGUUCAUGACUCCUCCCCCUGCUAUUGGCAAUAAGCUAUCGUGGUGUUAGCAGCAAGGGCGGUAAAUUUAUAUUGUGAUCUUUCUGCAGAUGCCGAGAGGAAACUUGGAAACUGUUCAUCACCGUGCUCUUGUUUUGGCCCAAGUCCGCAAGUGGCUGGACUGGUGAGUCAGGGUGAUGGGACGUUGGGAGCAAUUUGGGACAUGUGUCUUCCUCUUUCGAAUGACUUACCAUCAUUCUGCCUCUCCUGCCAGCCUCCAGUUUAAAGAAGCCUUUGAAUGCAUGAGGAAGCUGCGAAUCAAUCUCAACCUCAUUUAUGACCACAAUCCAAAGGCAAGUUUGAAUAAACCUGUUGUCAACGUUGCUCAGAGUCCAUCUGUUUGGGGAGAGGGCCUGAACAUCACAAAUCCUCGCAGCGAGUUGAUGGCUGUUAGCACUGUCACCCAGCUAAAGAAAUAUUAACUGAUAAAUCAUCUAAAACUUAUAAAGGUAAAGGUAAAGGGACCCCUGACCAUUAGGUCCAGUCGUGACCGACUCUGGGGAUGCGGCGCUCAUCUCGCUUUAUUGGCCGAGGGAGCUGGCAUAUAGCUUCCGGAUAAUGUGGCCAGCAUGACUAAGCCACUUCUGGCGAACCAGAGCAGCGCAUGGAAACGCUGUUUACCUUCCCGCCGGAGCAGUACCUAUUUAUCUACUUGCACUUUUUGCACUUUGACGAUACAAUUUAUCAAUUUAAAUUUGCACAAGUGUAAAAACAGUUGUUCUGUAACAAUAUCAGACUUUCUCCAUCGAUAAUGAUAGGGGUGUUCCGUAUCUCUUGACCCAAGUUAGGAGAUUAGGAAAUAUUAUUUCUGCACCAAGGCACACGGAAAGUUAGAUAAGGUCUCCUCCAAAUGCCUUUUCUGAUACCUACCCACGUUGAGGGAGGAUUUCCCAGGUUUAUCAGUCAUAAACCAUUUGGACUGCUUUGUUAGAUGGGCUGAGAAAGGCCGUUUCAGCAUGAAAUUUGCUUUGAGUUUCUUCUGCCUAUUUAUAAUUGGUCCACAAAUUUAAGAGGUUGAUGUGAAGUUAACAGGACUCGGUUUCAUUUCAGGUUUUCCUGGAAAAUGUGGAAACAUUUAUAAAACAAAUUGAUUCAGUGAGUUUUAUCAACUUGUUCCUCACAGAGCUGAAGUGAGUAUUGCCUGGUUAAUGUGUAAAGACCAAGAGGUUGACAGCGCCUUAUACCUGGGUGCUAUAUUUGAAAAUGCAAAAUGGCUUUGAGAGGGGAAGCUGAACAAAGGAGUGCUUAACCUUCUCCCCAGCUCUCAUUUUUCCAUUUCAGAACUGCCCCUCUAAAGUAUUUUCUCUCCUGGGGCAGAAAAAAAUUGUUUCUCUUAAUUUCCCCCAUCCUGAAGCUGUUCUGCUUUUUCAAAAGCAGGGCACUGUUGCACGCAUUGGCACAGCCUUCGUCAACCUAGUGCUCUCCAGAUGUUUUGAAUGACAUGGGAGUUGAGGUCCAGAACAUCUGGAGGGCAACAGGUUGGCAAAGGCAGCAUUAGGGUGGAGCACACAGUUAGUUCCUGAGGAAGUUCUUGUCCUACAAGUCUUUAGAUUGCUCUUGUUUCCUUUUCACUUUCCUUUCAGCGUUCAGUCUGUCUAUAGGGGCUAAGGUAACAAAGGAGAAGGAAUCAGAUAUUUUGGAUGAACCUUGAUGUGUUUACAUAUAUUUUUUGAGGACUGGUUGAGAGGGAGGUCCUAUUCCUUUAAACAUGUACAAUCAGACAGCUGACUGAGAUGGAGGACUCUGUGCAAAACAGAUUCUGCAUCAAGUAAAGGCGAAUUUUGCAAUCUGCACAUCGUGCAGAUUAAAUUUGUUAUAUUUUCUUUUAUUUUUGCACCAUUGUCGUUAUUAUUUUAUGCAAAAUGUAUUCUGAUUUGCCUGUAUGGAGAAAGCAAGUGAAAUUCCAACCUCAAUCACUGGAACUUUUCUGGUUUCUAAGAUUUCAUUAUGCCAUUCCCACACAUUUUCAAGUAUAUUUUUGCAGACCUAAGGGCUAGAAAUUUGUAUGAAAAAUAAAAUCCAAAAUGCUGAGGACUUUAGGAAGCUGGAUUUUGUGCUUUUGAGAAACACACAGCCCUACCAAUUUUUUUAGUCAGUCUUGUUGAAUGAUGUGUUUAUCCUGUGUACAUUUUUGUAGAUGGCACUGAGACCUAGUUUCUUUGUUUAUGUGCUCCUUCGUAGAGAAGAAGACUACACAAAGACCAUGUACCCACCUCUAGAGCCUACCAAUGUCUGUGAGCUUCACAAUUCUGAUGGGAAAAAGGUUAACCUCAUCUGUGAUGCAAUGAGAACAGCCAUGGAGAACAUCAGUACUACCAAGUAUUCAACAUAUCAUUCUAGAAUACCUCUCUAUAUAAAAGCCAUAGAACCCUGAUAGAACUCUGAUAGGAGUGCUGGGUCUAUACUCAAAGGAAGGAGCUUGACUCUUAAUAACAGGACUACCAGAUCACCAGAGUUGUGAGGAAGGAGGAAAUUUAUUUUUCCCCGCAUCCACCAAAAAUCCUCGGAGCUUGGGGUUCAGGGUAUGUGGGAAGAGGAGGGAAUGCAGCUUAUGGCUUAAGGAGUGGUGAGUGUUUCCUCUCUCCUUUGUCAGGGUCUAGAGCAGGGUUUCCCAAACUUGGGUCUCCAGCUGUUGUUGGACUACAACUCCCAUCAUCCCAGUGGCCAGGGAUGAUGGGAAUUGUAGUUCAAAAACAGCUGGAGACCCAAGUUAGGGAAACCCUGGUCUAGAGACCGUGACUCCUUAUGGUGCCAGUAAGAAGAGGCAGAAUUGGCUCUCUCCAUUGGCUCUUUUCAUUCUAAUUUACCUCAGUCAUGGACAGAAAGGCCAGGGAGUUGGUGAAAUAAUUUUCAACCCAGACUUCCUCUCUAUCCCUUUAAAACCAGCUUCUUUGCUAAAAAGGGCUGUGGGGUGUUAUAGGAGCUGAAGAAAGGGGCUAGAUAUCUAAAUCUCUUCUCUUCCACUUUUAAGCAAAAUAUGGGAGAAAUGAACAACUACCUAAAGUCCAGAGGUUUUAACACUUGUCUUGCCCCCCCCCCUGUCCUCUUUAGAUACUGUUUGUCCAUACUGACCUCUCAUGUGAAAAAGAGCCCCCCAGAACUGGAAACAGCUCUGCAGAGAAUUCGUAAACUUCGAGGUACAUUAUUAGGGUUGAAUUGAUUGAACACAUGUUAUGGGGUUUAAAACUGGGGGGGGGGGGGUUUGGGGCCUCGUAAAGGCUGUUAGGCAGUAUCUACAUUUACCGGGGGAUGUUUGGGCUCAUUACUCACUCCUUUGGAGUUUCACCAAAUGUUGGACUCAUGUUUCCAAUAUAUAUUUUUUUAAGGAACAAUGAGGGCAAGAAACUUGCUUACUGUACAGUAAAGAUCAGUUUCUCAUGCAAUCAAUCUGUGAUGAUAGUGCUUGCUUGUUAAACAACUUCCUACAUUUCUGUGCAACAUCUUCCUUAGACAUCUGAUUCAGCAGUCGCCUUUUGAAAGUCUUUUUAAUAAUAAUAAUAAUAAUUUUAAACUGCAGAGCAAACUUCGAUAACUGCUGGAUCUGUGAGUGCAGAAGAAGCUCUCAAAUACCUGCUGUACUUGGUAGAUGUCAAUGAGUUGUAUGAUCAUUCUCUGGGGACAUACGAUUUCGAUUUAGUCAUCAUGGUUGCUGAGAAGUCUCAGAAGGUAAUUUUGUGUUUUGUUUUCCCAUAGCCCAUUUACUACCCUGUCCUAGAUGUCGGAACAAAAACAACAAAAAUUAUCACUGCUUUAUCAAAAUACUCUCUCAAGGGGAGAGUCAGUGUAGUGUGCGGUUAGAGCAAUGGACCUAAGAUCUGGGAGACCCAGGUUCGAAUUCCCCCUCUGACCCAGUCACUGCCUCUCGGCCUAAGCCGUUGGAGAAAUAAGUGGUAUAUAACUGCAAAAUACACUCCCAAGAAUUGCUUCUGCCACCCAAGCUCCUCUGCUGUCGAUGACUGCAUGCACACUAAACCUUUUAAAGUACGACCGGAACACAUUCCUUCCAUCAAAGAAUUCUGGGCACUGUGAUUUACCCAUCACAGAAUUACAAUUCCCAGCAGCACUUAAGAAACUACAGUACCCAGAAUUCUUUAAGGGAGGAAAUGUGCUUUAAAAGGUAUAGCAUAUACCGAAUUUUUCACUCUAUAGGACGCACCCGACCAUAGGACGCACCUUGUUUUAGAGGGGGAGAACAAGAAAAAAAAAUUCUCCCCCUCUCUGCACAGCGCCUCUUCAGCGAAGCGGCAGGAGAAACGGAGCCCCUUCCAUUUCUCCUCCUCUUCGCUGAAGAGGCGCUGCGCAGCUCUCCCUCUCUGCUGAAGCCGGGAGAGUCUUGCUCUCCCGGCUUCAGCAAAAGGAACUCGAAGCCUCGGGAGCGCAGAGGGAGCGCUCCCUCUGCGCUUCAGAGGCUUUGCGUUGCUAUUGCUGAAGCCAAGGAGCCUGCAUUCGCUCCAUAGGAUACACACACAUUUCCCCUUAAUUUUUGGAGGGGAAAAGGUGCGUCCUAUAGAGCGAAAAAUACGCUACACAGCCAUAAGCAUACAGGGUUGUCCAUUCUGUGCAGUUCCUACAGAUCACACCUGUUUCUUAGUGGUAGUUCUUCUUUGCCUUCAUUAUCCUUUGCCUCAUUUUCCCACACUGCUGUUUAAAUUGUCUGUGGCAAUCUCUCCCCAGCCUGGUGCCCUCCAGUGAUUGUUGGACUGCAGCUCCCAUCAUCCCCAACAAUUGGCCAUGCUGGCAGGGGCUGCUGGGAACUAAAGUCUGGCAACAUCUAAGGCUGGUCUGUGGUGACCCAAGUGGGGUGUCUUUGAAGAGUGUUCAUGAUCUUGCUUUGUCAGAAGUUGAGUCAUGGCAUGGACAAAACCACCUGCGUCUUCUCAAGGAAUUGAAUAAAAUGACAGUGGGGACAAAAGAGGCUGAGAAAAGUGAGAGCCCCAAACCCCCCAAAAAAGAAGGGAAGGAAGGGGGGGGGAAGGAGAGAACAAUAUUCAUUAGAAAAAGUGAAUGAGUUUACAACAAGACCACAACAUUUCUGAAAAUAGAAUGUGCCCUUUGACACAACAACAAGGCAAAUAGUUUCUGCUCAGAUCUAGACUGCAAUUCUGGGGAGACUGUUCAAGCUGCCGUUCCUUUGACAACUAGGCAACUGCAGCUCAUGCUUUUCAAAAAUAAUUAUUUUUUACAACCCUCCUUUUUUGGCAGGAUCCUAAGGAAUAUCUCCCAUUCUUGAACAAACUUAAGAAAAUGGAAAACAAUUACCAGAGAUACUCUAUAGAUAAAUAUUUGAAGAGGUAUUCAAAGGCUCUUCAUCAUCUCAGCAAAUGUGGUAGGUACCCUGGCUGUGUGGUCUCUUGGGGGCAAAUAUUCCUUUUGCCACAUCUUAUCUUUUCUGUUAACUGUAGCUGAUUAGAGACUCCCUCAUUUUGCUAAUCUUGGUAAAGGGAGCAGCAAAGUUUCUCCUCCCUUUACCCAACAACAGUGGCUUAAUAAACUGAUUAUCUGAAUGCAGCCAACAUUUUGAGGAUUUUUUUCUUCCUGUCCACCCUCAAGAAACUGAAUGCUGGGCUAAAUGGACCAUGGAUCUGAGGCUACGCAUCUACCGUAUUUUUCGCUCCAUAAGACGGCACCUAGUUUUUAGAGGGGGAAUGCAAGAAAAAAAUAUAUUCUUUAAAGGGAGCGCUGAGCAGAGCCUGUAUGCAACCCAGGCUGUGUUCAGCGCUCCCUUUCAUGAGCCGUGUGGAGCGUGUGUGCGGCUCUUGCUGGCUUUUCUAUGAGGUGCGGGAAUUCCCCCACCUCCUGCAAAAGCCCUCAAGAGCCACGCUCCCUUUAAAGAGCACUCGGAGCGUGUUUGCGGCUCUUGGGGGCUUUUCCCCGAGGAGGGAGGAGGGACUGACAGGCCACAUCAGUCCCUUCUCCCUCCUCAGGAAAAGCCCCCAAGAGCCGCACACACGCUAGGCGCGGCUCUUUAAAGAGCUUGCAGCUCUUGUGGGCUUUUCUACAAGGUGGGAGAAGGACAGCCCAUCAGUGACGGGCUGCCCUUCUUCCUCCUCGGGGAAAAGCCCGCAAGAGCCACGCUCCCUUUAAAGAGCGCGCAGAGCGUGUGUGCAGCUCUUGGGGACUUUUCCAGCCUGCCUCCCGCCUGCAUUCGCUCCAUAAGACGCACACACAUUUCCCCUUACUUUUUAGGAGGGAAAAGGUGCGUCUUAUGGAGUGAAAAAUACGGUAUAUUUUAAUUUUUUUCUUUUGGAAUAACUGGGACUAUAACUUGCUCCCCCCCCUCCGCCCCCAGCUAAGAUUUUUAUGUUUGUCCUCAGGUAGCUCAAAAGUUUUGCGUUCACGCUAGGACUUGCCAUCAGUGACGGGCUGCCCUUCUUCCUCCUCGGGGAAAAGCCCGCAAGAGCCGCGCUCCCUUUAAAGAGCGCGCAGAGCGUAUGUGCGGCUCUUGGGGACUUUUCCCGCCUGCCUCCCGCCUGCAUUCGCUCCAUAAGACGCACACACAUUUCCCCUUACUUUUUAGGAGGGAAAAGGUGCGUCUUAUGGAGCGAAAAAUACGGUAUAUUUUAAUUUUUUUCUUUUGGAAUAACUGGGACUAUAACUUGCUCCCCCCCCCCCCUCCGCCCCCAGCUAAGAUUUUUAUGUUUGUCCUCAGGUAGCUCAAAAGUUUUGCGUUCACGCUAGGACUUGCCUAGCCAAACCCCACUCUAGUCAGCCCAGAUUGGCUUGUGCAGUUAUGUGAAACCCGUUGCUUGCUUUCUUCCCAAGAAAGUGUAUUUUGCUUUCCCCUCAGGGCCAGAGCAUUUUUCAGAGUUCCUGAACUUGGUGGUGGAUCAGAACUUAUUUAAUGAAGCCCUGAAGCUAUACUUGCCAGACUCCCAAGAGUACAAGGUGUGCUUUCCCCGUUGUUGUACCUUUUUCUUAUUACUACUUUAUUACUUGUGAGUUUAGGCUGCUCUACCGCAGUGAUAAAAGGCAGGUUACAGGCUAGACGUUGGCCAAUAACUUACUCCAAACCACUUCAUCAGUUUAAAAGCCAAGUCACUUUUUCCUGAAGGGUGAACAGCUCUUCCUGUAUAUCAGUUAAUUCAGUGGCUUCUCCUUCAUUAUUUUAAUAAAGUUUUAUUUCUAAAACAAGAAAUAAAAUAACAGUUGCACACACGAUCAUAGCCUGUUAUGUACAAGGUUCAACAUUUAGUCAGGAAUCUGUGUGUGUGUGUUUUGUAAUUCUGUUUCAUUGGCUUAAAGAACAUGUACAAAAAACCCAAACAGGAAACAACAAAAUGGAGUACUGUAAGCAUCAUGUUUCAUUACGAAUCCUAAAGAAGUAUCACAUGAUAGAAUUAGCAGGCAGAAAUGAAAUCAUUGAGAACAUAAGGUAUCUUAGUCUGUUUUGUUGAGUCUCCCCAGAAGGAGACAUGGGUGAUUGGAGCUAGGAGAGUUUACCAUAAGAUUUAGAAACAUAGGAGAUGAGAGGGAACCAAACAAUAGCGAAUGUGUGGGCCAUACUAUGAUAUUUCACCUGUUUUGUCCAGUCAGUGAAGAAGAAGAAAAAUAAUUAAUAAUAAUUUAUUAUUUAUACCCCGCCCAUCUGGCUGGGUUUCCCUAGCCACUCUGGGCGACUCCCAUCAGAAUAAGAAUAAUAAUAAAGCGAUAAAACAUCAAACAUUAAAAACUUCCCUAAACAGGGCUCCCUUCAUAUGUCUUCUAAAAGUCAAAAAGUUGUUUAUCUCCUUGACAUCUGAUGGGAGGGUGUUCCACAGGGUGGGUGCCACUACCGAGAAGGCCCUCUGCCUGCUUCCCUGUAACCUCACUUCUUGCAGUGACGGAACCGCCAGUGCAAAGUAACCAUCCCUCCCCCAACUCCAAUUUCUUUACGUUUCUGCCUUGCAGACUGUUAGCUAUGCUUAUGGAGAACACUUGAUCCAGAAGCAUCUCCCUGAGCAAGCGGGGCUGAUCUUCUUCCGCUGCGGUGCAUUCGAGAGAGCGCUGGAUGCCUUUUUGAUCAGCGGUAACUGGCAGCUGGCCCUGACGGCAGCCGGCGAACUUUGUUACACCGAAGACAAGCUGGCCAACCUGGCGAGGAACAUGGCAGGUGAGCAUUCUGAAAUGCAUGUGGCCUCUUGUUUGCGUUGCUCCAGGGUUGCCACCUGCCCUCUUUUUCCAGGACACGUCCUCCUUUUCAGCGGUAAAAUUUCUGUCCGGGUGGAUUUUUUCAAUUUGCCAAAAUGUCUCUGGCUAUACAGUGGUACCUUGGUUCACCAACUUAAUCCGUUCCGGAAGUCCGUUCCAAUACCAAAGCGUUCCAAAACCAAGGCACGCUUUCCCAUAGAAAGUAAUGCAAAAUGGAUUAAUCCGUUCCAGACUUUGGAAAACAACCCCUACAACAGCAAUUUAACAUGAAUUUUACUAUUGAACAAGGCCACUGAUCCAUAACAUGAAAGCAAUAAUCAGUUUACUGUACUAUAAAAUAUAUAAGACAGUCUUGUAGAUGAGAAAAAUUAAAAUUAAUUUUUUUUCUUAUGAGAUCAUUGAUCCAUAAAAUGAAGGCAAUAAACAAUGUACUGCAGUCACUCAAUUGAUCAAUCAGUAGCUGAACUGGGUUCCAGACAGUCAUAAAAAUAAACAAAAAAGAGCCACAAAAACAAAACCACAAAAUAAAUAGCAAAAACAAAUAAACCUAAGCGUAGCACUCAAAAUGGAAGCGUGGCACUCAAAACGGAAGCUUAACAUUCAAAACGGAGCACGUUCGGCUUCCGAAAAACGUUCGCAGUGUUUGGGUUCCAAGCUGUUUGAGUACCAAGGUGUUUGAGAACCAAGGUACCACUGUACUUUCUGGAUGAGACAUAGACAUAACUGGUGGUUGAAGUCUUGCUUUCCCACUAAGGAAGAUUGGCAAAUUAAGUUAAUGGAGUACGCGGAAAUGGCUCAGUUAACUGGGAAACUUAGAAAUCAAGAUGGCAACAAAUAUAAAAAACAAUGGGAAAUGUUUAUUGCAUAUUUACAAAAGCAAUGUAUGCAAGUUAAUACAUUAGCAGGAUUUUUUUUUUUAAAAAAACACCACUUGUGAUGUUAUAUAUAAUGUGUAAACUUGGAGGUCAUUAGAGAUGAAGAUUUUAUUGACAUGCAUUAAUGAAGAUAAUACAAAGGAACCAGGCGAGGUAGUGGAGGGAAGUUGGGGGAUUCAAGUAAUCCUAGAAUGUGGAUUCAAAAUUGAUUGUUUAUAUAGUUCUUUUAAAUGUUUUAACUUAUGUGUGUUUUUAAUGCAAUGGUUUUAUUUUUAUUUUUUGUGAAAAAAAUGUGUGUGUGUGUGUGUGUGUGUGUGAAGACUUGCUUUCCUCUUCUCUUCACCUGCCCCCCUCAGCAAAAUAUCACAGCUUCUAUAGCCUACAUAUAGUCGGGGUAUUUAAAAUGAGAGUUGUCAUAGCGUCCUCUUUUUCGCUCUUCAAAAUAUGGCAACCCAACAUCCCGGCUGCAGGUUAGAUCCGUAACAUGGCACCCUGCCUAUGUCUCUUGUACACUCAAGGUCUGUUCAGAUUAUGCAUUCUGCCCGAGCUUCUAGUUGGGAAGAGAUGGGGAGGAGGCCUCAGGCCUGGGUGCCCUCCUUCCCUCCACAAAGUAUGGGAUCUCCUGCUUCGUUUUCUACUUUCUCUUAAAGGAGAGUUGGGAGCAUGAUAGCCUGAGGGCCAUUCUCAGUCUUACCCUGAAUUUAAUCCUGACAGAAGAUUACAGAAGAAGCCCUUAGAAACCAAAAGAAGUUUUGAGACAGAGCACCCUGAAGUUAGAUCAAGUAAGACAGCAACUUAAAAAGCAGAGACAUCACCUUGCCAACAAAGGUCCGUAUAGUUAAAGCUAUGGUUUUCCCAAUAGUGAUGUAUGGAAGUGAGAGCUGGACCAUAAAGAAGGCUGAUCCCCGAAGAAUUGAUGCUUUUGAAAUAUGUUGCUGGAGGAGACUCUUGAGAGUCCCGUGGACUGCAAGAAGAUCAAACCGAUCCAUUCUGAAGGAAAUCAGCCCUGAGUGCUCACUGGAAGGACAGAUCCUGAAGCUGAGGCUCCAAUACUUUGGCCACCUCAUGAGAAGAGAAGACUCCCUGGAAAAGACCCUGAUGCUGGGAAAGAUGGAGGGCACAAGGAGAAGGGGAGGACAGAGGACGAGAUGGUUGUACAGUGUUCUCGAAUCUACCAGCAUGAGUUUGACCAAACUGCAGGAGGUGGUGGAUAACAGGAGUGCCUGGCGUGCUCUGGUCCAUGGGGUCAUGAAGAGUCGGACACGACUAAACAACAACCCUGAAGUUGGAAAUAGUACAGCACUUCAAAUGCCCUGCACAGCCAACUUUCCCUCCAUGUUAUCUGCUUCUCUUCCCUUCUUUGCCAUUCUCAAUUUUUGCCAAACCUCCCCGCCCCACACACUGCUGAAUUCCUUGAAGCCCAAAUAGUGAGACCAAGUAUUCAUUAAUGCAGAUUAAAUCCGUGCGGCAGUUUCGACUUGCAUAAGUCUGUGCAAAGAGUGGGGUUGCUAUGGUGCAGAAAUUUAUACGCCGGUUACACUUCGUAUCAGGAUGCUGUUGUUUAUAUCAUUUUACCAGGCAAUAUGAAUGAAUAGAAUCCCCUGCUGCUGACGACUUGAUCUAAUUUAAGGACUGGCAUCUUUAAUUAAUGGGGAUCACAUACAAGGAAGAAAUCAGAACCCGCAAUAUAUUAAAGCAAUAACACAGGCAGGGUUUAUUUUACCAAGAAGUGUUUCUUUUUUCUUCUCCCCCCCCCCCAAAAAAAAUUAAAUUAAAUUCUCUUCCUUCUUUCAGGGAAAUUUGUUGAAAAAAGGAAGUAUGCAGAUGCAGCAAUACUCCUGGAACAAUAUGCCAAGGUAUCGCCUAAAUUUCAGACGAAGGGCAGUAUGCAAAUUUAAUAAUAAUAAUAAUUUCUCUUCUUCCACCUCCUGCUUGUUGUUCAGAUUCCCAGCUUACUACCCCUGUGUCUCUUUCUGCUGUCUGGCCUGGGUUCUAAAGAUAGCCAUUACGGUACAGCGGUCAGAGUGUCAGACUAGGACCUGGGAAACCAGGGUUUGAAUCCCCACAUGCCGUAUUUUUUGCUCUAUAAGACUCACUUUUUCCCUCCUAAAAAGUAAGGGGAAAUGUGUGUGCGUCUUAUGGAGCGAAUGCAGGCUGCGCAGCUAUCCCAGAAGCCAGAACAGCAAGAGGGAUUGCUGCUUUCACUGCGCAGCGAUCCCUCUUGCUGUCCUGGCUUCUGAGAUUCAGAAUAUUUUUUUUCUUGUUUUCCUCCUCCAAAAACUAGGUGCGUCUUGUGGUCUGGUGCGUCUUAUAGAGCGAAAAAUACAUAGCCACGAAGCUCACUGGUUUACCUCAGGACAGUCCCUGCAUCUCCAACUAACCUACCUUACAGGGUUGUUUUGAGGAUGAAAAAGGGGGUGGGAACAACGUGUGCUGCCUUCAGCUUCUUGGAGGAAAAGCGGGAUAUAAAUGAAAUACAUAGUGCAAGAAUUGGCCAACUAACAACCAGUGAGCUGGAUCCUGCCCCCGGCAAAUUAAAAUCAAUGUGUGCGAGAAAUAUUCAUUACUCCCAUUCACCUUCCAGUGUAAUUAUAUUCUGUAGUUUGUUAUACUUUCCCUCUGGGAUUUUGUUUGUAAAGCCCUGACUGUUGUGCACGAAUUAUGUUCUUAAGUUUAUUAACCACUUUGCGCUUUUUUCUUUUUUCUUUUUAUAUGCUGCGCUCUCUUAUUUUACUACUAUCUGUAAAUCGCUUAAUUUUUUUUUGGGACAAAGUAAUAAUCAUAAAUGAAUAAGAAUAAAAAUGUGCAUCCCACCACUGAGACCAUUCCAUUGUAACUAUCCAACCUCCCAAAAUUUCAACACCCUCUCCGUUUUAACAGUCAAAAUUCUGCAAACACCCUCCAUAUCUCCUCAGAAUCAUUUCUCCUGCAUAUUCCCCGUCUUACCUUAAUGGUACGUGUUAAUUUAUCAUUCUUAGCUAUAUCCCACACCUCUUUAUACCAUUCUUCCAUUUUAUAUUCUGCUUGCCCCUUCCACUUCUUUGUUAUCAUAAUGCGUGCAGCUGUCAAUAAAUUUGUGAGCAAGUCCUUCCUAGCCUGCGAACCUUCCACUCCAUCGUAAAUUGAUAAUAAUGCUACCUUUGGACUUUUGGUCAGCUUUAACCCAGUGAUUUCUGUUGUCUCCUUAAACACACUUUGCAAAAAAAAAUAAAAAAUUGUACAUAUUUACACCCCCACCACAUGUGAACAUAAUUUCCUGUUUCCUGUAAAUUGCUUUGAGGCAUGUGUAAAGCGACAAAUAAACAUAAAAAUAGAAGGCAGAAAAUGCUUUGCUUCCCUUUUUCCAGGAUUAUGAAGAGGCCAUCCUUCUUCUCCUGGAAGGGACCACUUGGGAUGAAGCCCUAAGAUUGGUGAGAUCCUUCAAAACAUGAACCCAUUUUCGUUACCUGCCUGUUGAAAGAAUUUGUGUUUGUCACUCAACAACAACCUUGAUGUGGGUUUUUAUGUCCCUUCUCUUUUUCCCCUGUCUCCCAGAUUUACAAAUAUAACAGGACUGACAUUCUGGAGACCAACUUCAGACCAUCUCUGCUGGAAGGUAAAGCUCCCACUUCAUGUUUGCUGGGAUGCUCUCAGAAGUGCAGGGCUGCUGGGAUUCCAGGGGGUGUAGCAAGACAGGGAUACUGGGAUGUGGGACUCUACUGGUCUGAGAUCAGCACUUGUGCAAGGAUGUUGAUAAAUGUUGUCUUGGUAUGCAUGUUGUAGUACUUUUUUUCCCCUGGAUCGUGCAACUUCAGACUGCAGGCGGGGAAUUGUGUAGUCAAAUGUUUCUUUUGUGUAAAGCAAACCUUCCUGUGCAUGGAAAGCUAUCCCAUCAGAGAUGACUAGAGAACUCUUUCAAGAUGAAAUUCUGCCUUCUCUUUUAGUGGGGUUGGGUAGGAUUCAGCCUUUUUAUUGUUAGACAAGCACUUUUAGGUAAUUUCACCCCUUGUUUUUUCUUUUCUUUUUUUGGAAAUAGUUUUUAUUGGUUUUACAAAAUAGAUCACACAAUUAACAUUUAAAAACAUUUUUUUUAAAAUAAAACAAGAUUCUUCCGAAUCUUAGAACUUCCCCCCUCCCCACCCUGGGUCCUUUGAAUAGCCGCCCUGAGCCCGGUCUUGGCUGGGGAGGGCGGGGUAUAAAUAAAAUUUUAUUAUUAAUAUAUAUAUAUAUAUAUAAUUUUCCAAAAAUAACAAACUUAUACAAUAACAAUAUAUAUUCAUUUCCAAAUAUUUAAAGAGUCAACUUCCCCCUAAACCCUUCCUUGAUUACUUUGUGUCUCUUCACACCGCAUGACCUUUGUAGAGGGCCUUUAAAUAUCUUAAUCAACUGCGUAUUAUAGUUCAUCCGCAUUUUAGUCCUCCAAUAUAUCCAAAGCCUUUGUAACGUUGCAAGAGUUAUUCAAAGCCUGCCAAAGUGUUCAAGUGUUUACAGUGUUCUUUUAAAUAUAAUUGAUAUUUGUCCCAUUCUCUUCUGAAGUUUUGAUCCUCCUGAUUUCUGAUUUUCCCAGCCAAUCUCACCAUUUCUGCAUAGUCAAGUAGUUUCAUCUGCCGUUCCGCCUAUUCCCUUGUUUUUUCAGUGUAUUUGGUUCUCACAUGAUUUGCAUUUUAUGGGUUUGUGUAAGCCACUUUGAGAGACACCUUUCUGAAAAGCAAUGAAUAAAUGUAAUAAAAAAAAUAAGACCGUGAUUGUGCUGAUACGCUAGCUUUCUGGGUGCCAGGAUAAGGUGCGUACACCAGGGAAGAUUCACCUUGACAGUCUGCCUUAAGCUUGUACAGUGCUGUCUUCUUGAUAUGGAGUUUUUCCUUGCUUAGACAAAGUUUUUAAUGUGCCUGCGUCAGUUUUACUGCAAAAUGCUUCUUCCCCUGUUGUCGCCCUCAAUAGUUCAGAAAAAUCAUUUGGCGUUCCUGGAGACUCAGAAAGCAGCAUUUUCUUGCCAUCAGAAGCGCCUUUCUGUGGUCAGAGAGCUGAAGCAGCAAGCCCGAAAUGAGAUGCUGGGUAUGCAAUGGUCUUGUGUCCUGCCACAGAUUAGCUCCUGGGUUCAAGCUGUAUUUUGAUAUAGACCUAGUCAUGUAAGAUAAGGCUAUCAAUGGCUACUACUCAUGCUGCCUCCAGGUUCACAGGCAAUAUUAUCUCCUGAAUGCCUGGUGCUAGGAAUAAACAACUGGGUGGAGAGGGUCGCUGUUGCCUCUAUGCCAUGUUCAUAGGGAGCCAGUGUGGUGUAGUGGUUAAGAGUGGUAGACUCGUAAUCUGGUGAACCGGGUUCGCGCCUCCACUCCUCCACAUGCAGCUGCUGGGUGACCUUGGGCCAGUCACACUUCUCUGAAGUCUCUCAGCCUCACUCACCUCACAGAGUGUUUGUUGUGGGGGAGGAAGGGAAAGGAGAAUGUUAGCCGCUUUGAGACUCCUUCCAGUAGUGAUAAAGCGGGAUAUCAAAUCCAAACUCUUCUUCUUAUUCUUCUUCCUCUUCUUCAUCAGCUUCCCAGAGGCAUAUGGGUGGUCACUGUUGGGAAGAGGAGGCUGAACUGGAUAAGCCAUAUAGCAGCAAGGAGUCAGUGUAUGUUCUUACGGACUAGCACCAUGGAGGUCAAAGUUUGAAUUGCAAGUCUGUGAUUAUAUCAAAUCAAUUUCGUCCCAGGUUCAAAUCACGGCUCACUUGUGGAGCGCCUUUGCAAAGUCACUCUGUCCCCGCUUGGGCUUCCGUUUGUGAGAUGGAACAGCAAUAACUAGCUGCCUGGCAGAAUUGUUUUGGAGAAAAAGGCCCGUCAGACAUUGCUAGGUGUCAUAGAAAUACCGUAUUUUUUGCUCUAUAAGACUCACUUUUUCCCUCCUAAAACGUAAGGGGAAAUGUGUGUGCGUCUUAUGGAGCGAAUGCAGGCUGCGCAGCUUAUCACAGAAGCCAGAACAGCAAGAGGGAUUGCUGCUUUCACUGCGCAGCGAUCCCUCUUGCUGUUCUGGCUUCUGAGAUUCAGAAUUUUUUUUUUUCUUGUUUUCCUCCUCCAAAAACUAGGUGCGUUUUGUGGUCUGGUGCAUCUUAUAGAGCGAAAAAUACGGUGCUGUUGUGGGGAGGAUUUAGGAGGCGGUAUGGGGGAUGUUUUGUUCUUUCUCCUCUUGAUCCAGGUGACUGACUUUUUCAGAUCUCGAAUUGCCAAACUGCCCAGAAUCGGAUCUCUUUUCUGACGCCAGCAGCAUGGUGACAGCUAGCGACGCGAGUUCCAAAUACACUCACAGUAACUCGAGAAUAUCUGCGUAUGUACUUUGCCCUCACAUCAGCUUUUCAACGGCCUGGUUCAAGUGGGAAGGUCGGGAAUUAUGUUUGCACAAAUGGAGGUUGUGCCUGGUUCUCUUUUGCGGAUCCCAUUUAUUUGAUCAUCUGCAUUAGGGCUUUGAUCACCAAGCAGGCCACAAAGUCAUUGCUUCAUCCUUGCAACGUUUUAACCUGAACGGUUGCCUAAUUUCACCUGUAAGGAACAUUGUUUUCAGAAGUGUAUGUGUAAUUUCAAUGUUACAUCUCUCUUCGCUGUGUCGUGCUGAUAACAACCAAGCACACACACUGUAAGUGUGAAAGUAUUGCUGUUAGGUGGUACUGAGUUUAUUAUAGAGUCUGACUAUAUACUUGGGUUGUAUGGUAAAACACAUGCUCCCCACUUGCAGACCUGUGGUGCUGUGGUGCCAUAAUAAUAAUAAUAAUAAUAAUAAUAAUAAUAAUAAUAAUAAUUUUUAUACCCUGCCUAUCUGGCUGGGCUUCCCCAGCCACUCUGGGCAGCUUCCAACAAAAUAUUAAAAUACAGUAAUGUAUCAAACAAUUAAAAGCUUCUCUAAACAGGGCUGCCUUCAGAUGUCUUCUAAAAGUCUGGUAUUUGUUGUUCUCUUUGACAUCUGGUGGGAGGGUGUUCCACAGGGCGGGUGCCACUACCGAGAAGGCCCUCUGCCUGGUUCCCUGUAACUUGGCUUCUCACAGUGAUGGAACCGCCAGAAGGCCCUCGGAGCUGGACCUCAGUGUCCGGGUAGAACGAUGGGGGUGGAGACGCUCCUUCAGAUAUACUGGACCGAGGCUGUUUAGGGCUUUCAAGGUCAGCACCAACACUUUGAAUUUUUCUCAUAAACAUACUGGGAGCCAAUGUAGGUCUUUCAAGACCGGUAUUAUGUGGUCUCGGCGGCUGCUCCCAGUCACCAGUCUAGCUGCUGCAUUCUGGAUUAGUUGUAGUUUCCGGGUCACCUUCAAAGGUAGCCCCAUAUAAAUACAUAAGAUGGGUGGGUCAUCAUUGCUCUCUCUUGCACAGAUUUCAAUAGAGCUUCUGAUACUGAUGAUCCUGCCUUUUUACCCCAGACGUUGAAUCUUCAGUGGUGGUGGGAAAAUAGAGGGACAGGUAAAUAGCAACAAGAGGUUGAAACUAAAAGCUAGUUCUCACUUAAGCAGUAAAACCGUCUUGUCCAGGGUUUCCCAAAAUUGAGUCUCCAGUUGUUUUUGGACUACAACUCCCAUCAUCCCUAGCUAGUAGGACCAGUGGACAGGGAUGAUGGGAAUUUGGUAGCUGGAGACCAAAGUUUGGGAAACUCUGCUCAAGGCUAUACCACUUCAGCCUGCCUAUAGGUGCACAUGAUGGAAUACUUCUCCUUACCACCCAUUUCCUAAAACCAGUAUCCUUUCACAUAAAAAAACUAGAACAGCCAGACAACAGGGUCUAGCUUCUUCCUAAAAUGCUAGCUUUCCGCAGUACAUGUGGAGGUAUUGACAACAAAACCAAGCUCUCCUCAAUCUGCCUUUCCAUUUAUGGUUUCCCUCUUAUUUCCUCCUCGUAAAACAGAUUUUUUUUCAAAUUUGGGUCCAUAGCUGUUGUUGGACUACAACUCCCAUCAUCCAUGUCCACAGGUCCUGCUAGCUAGGGAUGAUGGGAGUUGUAGUCCCAACAACAGCUAGGGACCCAAGUUUGAGGAGAAAAAACUGCCCCCAAAGAACUCCAACUUCACUGUUGUGUAUAUAUGUUUCAUGGCAUUUCAUCUAUUGUAGACGCUCGUCAAAGAACCGUCGCAAGGCAGAGCGUAAGAAACACAGCCUCAAGGAAGGGAGCCCCUUAGAGGAUGUUGCGCUCCUGGAAGUUUUAGGGGAAAUAGUCCGGAGUAUUGACAAUCUAAAAGGUUAGUCACUAAGGUUCUUCAAACUUUGGAUGCCGUCUGAAGGAAGAGGCUCAGAACCGAUUCUGAAAAAGCCUGGGUUCGGGGGGGAGUGGGGAACGGGACCCCCACAAAGAGAAAGGAAUUAAUAAUUUCCAGAGAGAGUUUCUAAAUGCAGCGGCUCUGAAUUAUAGGCUGCCUUCAUUAAUGGAUAAGCCUAAAUGACAGAAUGACCAAUAACAAAGUGAGUAAAACAAAAAUGCAUGGAUCCUGGACUACUGAGGCCAACGUUCAUGUCGCUGCUGGAUAAUUCUGAUUUAAAGCUACUCUGAAGAGGUUAACAAUGAAAACCUGACACAGGGUAGCUAACUCAGUGAAGAAGCCUGAAUUUUGAGGUGUUGAACUUUCUCUCUGUUAUUGUUCUCAAUAUUCCCUGAAGAUGAGCGCCCCUAGCUUCAAACAUGUCAGGACGUAGUCCUUUACAGUGGUACCUCGGGUUACAUAUGCUUCAGGUUACAUACGCUUCAGGUUACAGACUCCGCUAACCCAGAAAUAGUGCUUCAGGUUAAGAACUUUGCUUCAGGAUGAGAACAGAAAUUGUGCAGUGGUGGCACAGCGGCAGCAGGAAGCCCCAUUAGCUAAAGUGGUGCUUCAGGUUAAGAACAGUUUCAGGUUAAGAACAGACCUCCGGAACGAAUUAAGUACUUAACCCGAGGUACCACUGUAUGUUAAAAUAAUAGUGAUACCCACGUUCCCCCCCUUUUUUUUCUUGGUUUGCCUUCAUCACUAGAAUACAUUCUCAACAUAUUUAACUUAUUAAGUAGACUUAGGAAAAUAUAUCAAAUGUUUGAAGUGCCAGAGCCAUUGACACAUUUGGCCUGAACAUUAAAAGUUGUUUGCUUCUUACUGAUCAAUAGGGUACAAGGCAGUUUGCACUUCCUGUCUUUCUCAUUGAGCAAAAGGCUCCUAUUGUUGUUUAUUAAAAGGAAACCUGAAUAUUCAGGGAUGGGGAUUGGAAUGCCCCUGAAGGGAAUAGGUCCUGCAGAGGCCCCCAGACCCUUUUAUUUUCCAGAGGAAAGGAAUAGGUGCUCAUUUUGUGCGGGCCCAAGAGAGAGGGGGAUUCUGUGGAAUAAAUAAUAAUAUAUUAUUUAUACCCCUCCCAUCUGGCUGGGUUUCCCCAGCCAUUCUGGGCGGCUUCCAACAGAAUAUUAAAAUACAAUAGUUUAUUAAACAUUAAAAGCUUCCCUAAGUCUUGUGGUACUUCCAGGCUGGGUUUGGAGGGCAUCUUUGUGUAUUAUCCCCCACAAUUAAAGAAUUUCAGUUUUAACUUAUAAUAAUUGGGGCAUGGGGCUUUAAUUUCUUCCCAAGGUGAGAUACACAGCCUUUUAAAACAUCUCGUCCUCUUUGGCUAUGACGGGCGAGCCCAGGAGUUGCAGCAAGCCUUUGAGGAGACCCUUCGCAUGGUGGAGCGAUCCCUCCUUGAAAUCUGGACACCAGAUCUGCAGCAGAUCCCAGCCAACUCGGUACAAACUUAACUGAGUAAUCACUACUUUGUCUUGUCUGCUUUUGCUUAUAGCACAAGGGGCUAAAGGCUCUUGGCAUUACUAAAACCGCAGCUCACCACUUUUCAUUUUGAAGAAAAAAAGUAGUCACAGGGCUCUGAUCCGGCAUGCUCUCUCAAUUAUCAUGGUGUUGACAAGGACUAUCCAGAGGGAGCAAUUACCGUAUUUUUCUGUGUAUAAGACGCCCCCAUGUAUAAGACACCCCUUAUUUUGGGGGACUCAAAUUUAAGAAAAUGGAGGGGAGAUGGCUCAGAGUUGUUGAACUUUUUUGGGGGGGGGGUUUGCCGGAAAUCGCUCACCCGCACGUGGCGGAAAAUCAGCCUCCCGUCUGUUCCCUCGCCGGCAGAAGCUGCCAAUCACCCACCGUAUUGCCGCAGCGUCAACCAAUCAAGACCAGCCCUUGACGCACACAGCAACCAAUAACACGCCCGAUAGCCGCUGACAGCCGUGGCAGCAACCAAUCAAAUGACCACCCCAUGCACUAUCCAUGUAUAAAACGACCCCCACUUGUUAGGGUAAUUUCAUUGUUAGACAUAGACCUGACUGACGUAGCGUUAAGCCAAACGAUGACUUUGAAUGACUAUAUGAAUAUGCCGAUUCGAAGAGAGGAGUCUGUCAGCAAUUUGCUUCUUCCUGGUCAUUUUUGUGCUGUGCUGUGCUGUGCUACCUAGGGCUAAACCAUGGUUUGGUUUGGCUUGGCUCAGCAUAUAGUGUGAACCAGGGCUCAACUCCAGAGAAACCAUGAGCUGUAACCCAGACCUGUUCUUGGGUUUAUAGCUCGUGAUCUGUCUGGAGGAGUCAAACCACGAACCUGGGUUCAGACAUAAUGCGGAGCAAAACCACAGCUUAGCCCUGGGUAGCAUGGCAGCAGUAGGGCUCACUAAACCGCGGCUGGGCUUAGCAUUGCAUGUUUAGUGAGCCACAGACUAAUUGCUCCACUUGCCUAUCCUUGCUAUUUUAGAUCCUGGGUCCCAAUUCAACUGCCAAUAGCAUAAGCGCUGCCUACAAUCAGCAAAAGACAAUGGCUCCAGCAUCACAAGGUGGGUGAGAGAAAUUAUACACUGCACAAAUCAAUUGUUACUGUGAUUGAAUUCAGCAUUUAAUUUCUGUAUACAUAUAAGUGAAAACUUGUUUGACUGGAAACCGUCUAAUACCAAAGGGUAUGGAGGAAGCUGCUUCUGAUUUUGAGAGCUGAGGGAACAUACUCUACACAUGCUCAGAGGCACUCUUCUUUAUUUCUUCAUAUAUUCCUGAGCUGGCUCCUAGCAUUCAAAACUGGUUCCGGAGCUGAUCCCCUACUGAGUUGUGACUCAGAUUAUGUUCUGUUUCUAUAAAAAUGCUGAUAAGUAAAUAAAACAAUUCAUACCAUGUAAUUUCAUUAUCUAUACUGCUUGGUUUUAUUGGUGUUUGUAAUGAAUAUUUGAUAUUAUGUAAACCACACAGAGUUUUUUGGUGAUUAAUCUUGAUUAAAUAUGCUUACCAUUCAGUAAAGUUCCAGAAACCAUCUGUGCUGAUCACAAAUAAAUGAGAUUAAAAACAGGAAUGCCAGAUUUUUAUACUCUUCAUUGACUCAUUUUAAGUAUGCCUCCAAUAGCAGGUGGAAUUGUAGGAAUGAUUUUCAUUCUCACAAAGUUCCUUCUCUCCCCCCCCCCUUUUCUUUUUUUAAAAAAUGUUAUUGUGAGGGUUUGGCAUUUGCAUCUCCUUUCAGUUUCUGCAAUCCCCAUACUACAUGUAAAAUGCAAUUGCUUGCCUGCUUAUUUUUGUUUAUAACUAUUAGUAUUGUCUUUUGUUUCCCCCUCUCUCCUAGAUCCUGAAUUCUUUAUACCUCCCAAACUCAACAAAAGCAUCCAGUGGAAACUGAACCUUCUCCAAUAAUCUAGACCCUGAAGCUGUUAGAUGGACUGAGCGCCUGUAUUUCUGUGUCUUCAGAUUCUGAAAUAUGUGCCUUCUCCAGAUCUUGCAGCUGAUCAUGUAUACUGAACUGACAAGGGAUUGGCAGGCCAAAGUCAGUGCUGACCUGCCUUGUUACAUAGCUCUGAGUUAUGGGCUGCCUUCCUUCCUCCUCUUUUCUCCUGCUGCUGAGUUCAGAUGGAUUACCUGGACAACCAAACACAAAAGCCUCUGCAAAACAAGCAGGCAACAUCUGUUUAUUUAAAAUUGUUGACUCAAAACAACAUUUUUUUUGCUCUUUGGUCCCUUUUUUGGCAGUGGAUAUCACAAAACAAUCUUUUAAAAUUUGAAAGCAGAACUGCGCCUUAGUUGCAUUGUGGUUUUCUAGGCUGAAUGGCAACUUCUCUGCGUCUUUUAAGGACACCCAACUCAAACUCAAAUACGGACAUCAGUUACCCUGCAUAGCAAAAGUGAAGCACCCACUGAACCAGAUACGCUUUGUAAUUCCCUCAAGAGCACAGCACUCCUGGUACAAACACACCACAGCUGUAUCAACUGAGUAUCUGAUGGUGGAUUUUCAUACGCUAACCUUGAAAUACCAUGUUUUGACAAAAUAUUUAUAGGAGCUGCCCCUUUUUCUCAAAAUCAAGGAGAAAGAGGGGCUAUUAAAGUUUCAUUGUCACCUUUUCCCAUUCUGGGUCUCUGUAUCUUUUGGUUCUUCUGUUCUUUGUGAACAAACUUUAGUACCUGCAUUUCCUUUUUUGGGGGGGGGGGAAUCUCCAUGGAAAAGCUGAUGAAUCAAUGGAGCACGUAAUCCUUUUAUGGAAAGAUGUUUUCUAGUAGCAAAACUAAAAUCUUACACUAUGU